AUGGACGUCGGGGAGCUGCUCAGCUACCAGGUCAGCGGGGGCGAGGAGGCGCCGGAGGUGUCGCCAUGGUUACCGGCCGGGGGAGGGGGCUGGGGGGGCUGCAUCAUGUCUUGUUGUUUCGGGGUGGGGGAGGGGCCCGUUCUUGUCACUUGUUUUUUUUUUUUUAAUGAUAUUUAUUAAAGUUUCAACAAAUACAAGAGCAAAAAAAAAGCAGGAAUACAAGAAAGUACAAAAUACAGAAAAAAGAAUAAGAUUUUUAAAAUAUAACACAAAAAAAGAAAAAUAGAGAAAAACAUACAAAAUACAGUUAAAAACACAUUAACUUUCCAUAAUAUACCUUCCCUAGCCUUAUUUCCCCGGACCUCCUCAUACCUCCCUUUUUUGUAUUCCAGUUUGGUUUGUUAGUUCAGCAAAUCCUUACCAUUAAGCUUUUACCCAUUUGUAAACCUUUUUUCAUAUCGCUUAAAGCAUUGCAGCUGGAAACCACUUAGUUUCUACCUAACAUCCUUCUAAAGUUCAUUAAUUUUACAAUAUUUCUGUAAAUAGUCUUUAAAUUUCUUCCAGUCUUCUCUCACCGACUCUUCUCCCUGGUCUCGGAUUCUGCCAGUCAUUUCUGCUAAUUCCAUGUAGUCCAUCACCUUCAUCUGCCAUUCUUCCAGAGUGGGUAAAUCUUGUGUCUUCCAAUACUUUGCAAUGAGUAUUCUUGCUGCUGUUGUGGCACACAUAAAAAAAGUUCUGUCCUUCUUUGGCACCAAUUGGCCGACCAUGCCCAGAAGAACUGGGCAUCUUCUGGGCUGGUUCUUGUCACUUGUUAAAUGUACAGGUAAGAUCGCCUUUCGCCCGAAGAUCACACAGGGCGGCUCACGACAUGGAAAUCAUCAUCUUCAUCACCAUCACUUUUAAUUUGUGUACCUUCCAGUAGCGCCUUAGAGACCAACUCAGUUUGCUCUUGGUAUGAGCUUUCGUGUGCAUGCACACUUCUUCAGAGACACUGAAACAGAAGUCACCAGACCCUUAUAUAUAGUGAGAGGGUGGGGAGGCGUCUUACUCAGAAGGGGGGUGGGAAUGGGGGACUGGCUGAUAGGUGUGGUAAACCUGUUGACGACUUUUAACAACUGCAAUUGGUCUUACAGGAAAAAGCAAGGGGUGAGAUGGCUAAAAAUAGCUAUAUCAUGUAUAAUGAGAUAAGAAUCCAAUGUCUCUAUUCAGACCAGGUCUCUCCAUGGUUUUAAGUUUGGUAAAAGGUAAAGGGACCCCUGACCAUUAGGUCCAGUCAUGGCCGACUCUGGGGUUGCGGCGCUCAUCUCACGUUAUUGGCCGAGGGAGCCGGCAUACAGCUUCCAGGUCAGGUGGCCAGCAUGACGAAGCCGCUUCUGGCGAACCAGAGCAGCGCAUGAAAACGUCGUUUACCUUCCCGCCGGAGCGGCACCUAUUUAUCUACUUGCACUUUGACGUGCUUUCGAACUGCUAGGUUGGCAGGAGCAGGGACUGAGCAACGGGAGCUCGCCCUGUCACGGGGAUUCGAACCGCCAACCUUCUGAUCGGCAAGUCCUAGGCUCUGUGGUUUAACCCACAGCGUACAAGUAAUUAAUUAUUAUUAUUAUUAGAAGUUAGAAGUCUGUGGGGUGGGGGUGUGGAACGGAGAUGUCUUAUCCAGCCUACUCUCUUUGUACCCAUAACAGAUCUUGGCAGGCAGGAAGGAGCAGGGGGAUGGUAUGUUGUUGUUUUUUGCAGCAUGGAAUAAAAGCAUGAUCACCAGCAAAUGCCUGCACAUUGGACGUAAGUGUUCAUCGAGGGACCAUAACUCCAUGGCAGAGCACAUGCUCUGAAUACAGAAGCGCAGUCCCUGGCAGCAGGUGGGGUGCAUAGCCAGUGACAGCAACAGCAGACAAUAGUGGCCUAGUUGGACCAAUAGUCUGACCUGAUGUGAAGCACCACUGCAAUGCCCAGUGGGAAACUCAAGCUAUCCUACUUCCCCACCAAUUACUCUGUAAGGUAAAGGUAAAGGGACCCCUGACUGUCAGGUCCAGUCGCGGAUGACUCUGGGGUUGCGGCGCUCAUCUCACUUUAUUGGCCGAGGGAGCCGGCGUACAGCUUCCAGGUCAUGUGGCCAGCAUGACUAAGCCGCUUCUGGCGAACCAGAGCAGCGCACGGAAACGCCGUUCACCUUCCGGCCUGGAGCGGUACCUAUUUAUCUACUUGCACUUUUAACGUGCUUUCAAACUGCUAGGUUGGCAGGAGCAGGGACCGAGCAACGGGAGCUCACCCCGUCACGGGGAUUGGAACCGCCGACCUUCUGAUCGGCAAGCCCUAGGCUCAGUGGUUUAGACCACAGCGCCACCAUAACAACCUAAUGCAAUACAAACGUGAUAAUGAAGCAUAACUUUAAAAUAAGCAACCUGCGUCAAAUAAAGUAACAUUCAGCAAUCAUUAGAAUACUAUAGAAUAAUAAUAUUUUGUUAUAAUAAAAUAUUUAAAACCUUUUUGAAGCAUUUUCUGGCCAUUGGUGUUUAUUUCAUAAAAUUUAUACACUGCUUGAUUGUAAAAAAACAAACAAACUCAAAGCAGUUUUAAAAUGUUGACUUAAUUGUCCUCUGCUCACUGUUUUCUUGUCUCUGCAUGUCGUUUGAUGCAAUUUUAUUGUGCUGUUUUAUUCUUGUACCAGUUGGGUAAUUUUACAGUGUAAAGCAGUAUACAUUGGUACCUCGGGAUGCGAGCGGGAUCCAUUCCGGAGCCCCGUUCGUAUCCUGAAUGGAACGUAUGGCGCGCGGCGUGUUUUGCCGCUUCCGCGCAUGCGCGUGACGUCAUUUUGAGUGUCUGCACAUGCGAAAGCAGCGAAACCUGGAAGUAACACGCUCCGCGGAGCGCAACCCAAAAGCGCUCGACCUGAAGCAUAUUGAACCCGAGGUAUGACUGUAUAAAUCUCUUAAGAAGUAAUAAACAUUGGAGAAAGAGAAAGAACCUGUGGCUUGGUGGAUAGAAGCACCAGCUUUGUGUGUAGAAGUUCCUAGGUUCAGGGCUCAGCAUCUCCACGUUGAAAGGAUCACAGAUGUCAUCAGGACUAGGAAGGACUCACAUAAGGCCUUCGGUAGAUGACAGUUUUUUCUUCCUGUCUCACCAUAAUGCUAGAACCAAUGAUGCCCUCCAUCCAUUGAAUACCAUUUGCUGGGAAGCCGUAGUUGAGGAAGUACUGUUGCCUCCAGGUGCCCCUUAUGGGCUCCUCAAGUGGCUUCUGGUUGGCCACACUGUGCAGCAGGCUGGGGCUGCACUAAAUAGCCUGCCUUCGUCUGAUCCACCUUCAGGGCUUGCGUUCUGUGAGGAAGCCUCGUGUGGCCUCUCUGGGUUCCACUUCCAGCUUUGGGGAAGAAAACAGGGAAAGACAAGUAACUCUGGAGAAAGAGAUCCCUGGGUGGCUGAAGAUGGCUGGAGAAACAAAGUUUCUCUUGGGGAGCAGCCAGGUGUCUCUCUUGCACCUGGGUUGUACAUGUGCUGAUUGCAGGUACUUGGCUCUGCCCCCUUUCCAGUGAGUGGCUUCACCAUCACACAGGUGUGCGCUUGAAUUCCUAUCUUGCACCAAGCUAAGCUCCCUUCAGAAUUGAUUUCUCUAUUUUCUGAAAAUUCUAUUUUUGAGUUUGUUGUUUGAUUUUUAAUAGUUACAGUAUUAAGAUUUUUAUCACUUCGGGAGGGGGGAGGAAGCCGUUAGGGCUGCUGUAGCUGAGAAUGAUGAUGCCUCUAGCUAACAUUUUUGGAUUCUUUCUUACACUUUGUCACUUUCAUGUUCUUGAAAUGCGGGAGGUGGAAGGUGUGGCCUCUGUCUGGUGGUAGGCACGUAGCCUUUGGCAUUCAUUCUAAUGCCCACCUCAUAAAUAUCAAUCACUUAAGGUGCCAUGGAGCAGUGAUGUGGUAGUGUGUGGUUCCCAGCAUUCCUCACCACGCUGGCUGGGGCUGGUGGGAGUUGGGGGUCCAGCACCCAUCUGGAAGGCCUCAGGUUCCCCUGUUGAAGCUCAGUGCUCAAAUGAAGCAGAACAUGCAAAAGAGAGAAGGUUGUAGCAAUAGCAGGAAAACUGUAGGAGGCAGACCUGGGAGGUGCAUUUGAAAUAAAUAGCUCCGUGACAGUUUCUAGUCAUGCUUGGAGACGCAUUUCUAUCCAUGGAAAGCUAAAAGGAGAUGCAGCUUUGCUUCUAUUAAACAGUUGAAUAAUUUCUCAAGACUGAAGGUAUUUGAAAUGGGUUAAAUUAAAGUUGCACCUCAUUUGCUUUUCCAGUUUCCAUGUAACAAAAAUAGGUGAUUUUGAGAACCAAUUUGAUGCUCCAUCUCGCCCCUUUCAUUAAAAAAAAAGUUGUUCCUCCCUCACCUACUCCCCCCACCCCCCUGGCCUCUUCCUUUCCAAGCUUCUAGUCCUGGGUCCCUGCUAGGUGAGUUUUAGGGACUCUCCCUUCCUCUUCUCACAAGGACCACCUGCAGAUCCCCUGCUGUGAAGCAGGUACACCUGGAGGGCCAGAGGUUCCCUAUCCUUGUUUUGUGAUGCUGCAAGGCCAUAAUAUUUGGGAACAUAAUAAUAAUUUAUUAUUUAUACCCCGUCCAUCUGGCUGGGUUUCCCCAGCCACUCUGGGCGGCUUCCAACAGAAUAUUAAAUUACAACAACCUAUUAAACAUUAAAAGCUUCCCUAAACAGGGCUGCCUUCAGCUGUCUUCUAAAUGUCAGGUAGUUGUUCUUCUCUUUGACAACUGGUGGGAGGGCAUUCCACAGGGCUGGUGCCACCACCAAGAAGGCCCUCUACCUGGUUCCCUGUAACUUGGCUUCUCGCAGGGAGGGAACCGCCAGAAGGCCCUCAGAGCUGAACCUCAGUGUCCGGGUAGAACGAUGGGGGUGGAUACGCUCCUUCAGGUAUACUGGGCUGAGGCCAUUUAGGGCUUUCAAGGUCAGCCCCAACACUUUGAAUUGUGCUCAGAAACGUACUGGGAGCCAAUGUAGGUCUUUCAAGACUGGUGUUAUAUGGUCUUGGUGGCCGCUCUCAGUCCCCGGUCUAGCUGCCGCAUUCUGGAUUAGUUGUAGUUUCCAGGUCACCUUCAAAGGUAGCCCCACAUAGAGCACAUUGCAGUAGUCCAAGCAGAAGAUAAUCAGAGCAUGCACCACUCUGGCGAGGCGGUCCGCGGGCAGGGAGGGUCUCAGCCUGCGUACCAGAUGGAGCUGGUAAACAGCUGCCCUGGACACAGAAUUGACCUCCGCCUCCAUGGACAGCUGUGAGUCCAAAAUGACUCCCAGGCUACGUACCUGGUCCUUCAGGGGCACAGUUACCCCAUUCAGGACCAGGGAGUCCUCCACACCUGCCUGCCUCCUAUCUUCCAAAAACAGUACUUCUGUCUUGUCGGGAUUCAACCUCAAUCCAUUAGCCGCCAUCCAUCCUCCAACCGCCUCCAGGCACUCACACAGGACCUUCACCGCCUUCACUGGUUCUGAUUUAAAAGAGAGGUAGAGCUGGGUGUCAUCUGCAUACUGAUGAACACCCAGCCCAAACCCCCUGAUGAUCUCUCCCAGCGGCUGCAUGUAGAUGUUGAAAAGCAUGGGGGAGAGGACAGACCCCUGAGGCACCCCACAAGUGAGAGCCCAGGGGUUUGAACACUCAUCCCCCACCACCACUUUCUGAACCAGCCCAGAAGGAAGGAGCGGAACCACUGUAUAACAGUGCCCCCAGCUCCCAGCCCCUCAAGAUGGUCCAGAAGGAUGUUAUGAUUGAAGGUGUCAAAAGCCGCUGAGGGAUCCAGCAGAACUACGAAACUCUCACCUUUGUCCCUAGUCCACAGGAGAUCAUCAACCAGCACAACCAAUGCAGUUUCAGUCCCAUGAUGAGGCCUGACUCCCGACUGGAAGGGAUCCAAAUGGUCUGCUUCUUCCAGGCAUGCCUGGAGUUGUUCAGCAACCACUCACUCAAUCACCUUGCCCAAGAAUGGAAGAUUUGAGACUGGGCGAUAGUUGGCCAUAUUGGUUGGGUCUAGAGAUGUUUUUUUAAGAAGUCGUUUAAUGACUGUCUCUUUCAGUGGAUCUGGGAAGACUCCCUUGCAGAGGGAAGCAUUCACCACCCCGCAGAGCCCAUUGCCCAGCCCUUCCCAGCUAGCUUUUAUAAGCCAGGAUGGGCAAGGAUCAAGGAGACGGGUGGUUGGUUUCACUCGUCCAAGCAGCCUGUCCACAUCCUUGGAGGAAACAGAUUGAAAUUGAACAGCUGAGCCUGCAGCAUUUUGUCUUUCUUGGGAUGCAAGGAGUGCAUCACUAUCCAGAACAGGUUGGCUCCUAUCCACCCACUAACAGUGCCUCAGCCUGGCUUGGAUUGAGCUCCAGUUUAUCAGCUCUUGCCAGACCUGUGGAGGUACAAAGCAGAAAUAGUGCUGUGUGUCAUCAGCAUAUUGAUGACAUUGCAAAACAAAUAUUCAGGUGACCCCACUUAGCCGUUUCGUAUAGAUGUUAAGUGGCGUGGGGAGUAUGACCAGCCGCUGUAGAAUUCCAUAUUGGAACAUCCCCCACAAGCACCACUUUCAUGCAAAAGCAAUUAGAACCACUACAAAGUGGUCCCCCCACCCACAACCAAGGCAGCUGAGUUGAUUCAGGAGUCCCAAGGCAAUUUAUAUAAAAGAAUGAAAUCCAUCUAAUCUCUUCUAACAGAGCAAUUAAAUCCAGAGCAGCUGUCUGCCCUCUUUAUUGUAUUGGGCCCAACACUUUUCAGGCUGUGGGGAGCAGCUGCUUGUGCUGGGAAAGAGGAAGGUUUGUUACUGAAUCUUAAGUUGCCUCCAGCCCCCCUUCUAAAAAAUCUCUUUGCUACAGUGCCCAGGGGGCCUGGCAUUUCUGCUCUGCAAGCCCUAGCAGCCCCUUGAGGAAACGUUCUUUUAGAGGUGCCCAGAAAUCAACGUCUGAUCCCAGUCGUUGCACCUUUGGAUUCCUUGCAGUUCUGCAGAGGAUGCUGAGGAAUAGCUCUUGGGGCGCCUGUAGUUGCAAGGGACUCUGUCUUACGACUCUUAGAUCACAUGCUGUUUUGCUGAAAAGUUGCUGCCCCCCUAUUGUGUAGCCCCGAGCAAUUCGAUCAUCUCAGUGUCCAGUCUGAAAUGGGAAUAACACUUAUGAGGUCAAACAAGUUAAGUUCAUAUAAUUCUUCCCUUCCUUCCCCAGUUCUAAAAAUACCGCACUGUUAUACAGUGGUACCUCGGGUUACAGACGCUUCACGUUGUAGACACUUCAGGUUACAGACUCCGCUAACCCAGAAAAAGUACCUCGGGUUAAGAACUUUGCUUCAGGAUGAGAACAGAAAUUGCGUGGCAGCGGCAGGCCCCAUUAGCUAAAGUGGUACCUCGGGUUAAGAACAGUUUCAGGUUAAGAACGGACCUCCAGAACGAAUUAAGUACUUAACCCAAGGUACCACUGUAUCUGGGAUGGGGAAUCUGGAGCCCUCUAGAUGUUUUGGGCUUCCAAGUCCAAGCAUGGCUAGCCGUCCAGGAUGUUGGGAGUCCUAGUUCAGCGGCAUCUAGACAUCUCCCCCCCGCAAGUGUUCCACACCCCUUUGCAUUAUAGCCAUGCCUUUAUAAUGAUAUCCUCCGUGCGUCACUUCACUACCACCCUUGACGAGGCAUUCGUGAAACUCAAAUCUGUAUCUUAAGCACAUUUCACUGAGCUCUCUUCAUGUGGCAAAUGGAAUUUAUUUCCAAGCUGUCUGCAUGGGUGUUUGAAAUGUGAAAACAGUUAUCAGAAAGGUUGGCUGUGCAUGUGAUAUCCUCUAGGAAUGUGGCAGUGGGGUGGUGCUUUCUGUUCCCGUUAAUCGAUAGGGUCUUAAUGACACCCUUUCUUCUGCGGCAAUCCGUACUCUGCCUUCUGCUGUAGCCUUUUCAACUCUAGAGCUGAUGGCAUUAAGAGUGUGCAAAUAGAAGCAGUUCUUAUCAUUCUGAUACCCACAAAAAUGUGAAAAGCAUUUUUAAGAGCCUUUUGGGGAAAUGGCUCCAUUGACGGGCAGCAGGCCAACAACUGCCCCAUGGUGUGAUUUUUUUUGCUGGCUGGCAUCCUUGGCAACCUGUUCAAGUGCUCAGGGAUAGUUUUCUAGGAAGCUGUGGCCAACUGUUGAUUUUCCCUCCCCUUGCCAGAAUAACCCUGCAAGGGCAGCCGAAUGCAGACUCGCUAAAUUUGACUGAUGUUUUUAUAACAGUGUUCUGAUCCAUUUAUUUGCGCAGGGCCCAGAGUUUCAUGCUCCAACAAGCUUAUUCUUCAUCUGACAAUUCAGUGGGAAGCCAAAAAGCAGUUAAAGCAUUAGCCGGAGUCAUUACAGAGGGACAUUCUCAUUUAAGGGAGGUUCAGCUAGAUUGAUUUCCUCAGAGUCUAGCAGUUGGAGAUGUCUUGGGAGCAGCUUCUGUUGGUAACCUUGCUGUUGCUUCGGCUGCAAUCACACUCGUGAAGAUGCUUUAUCUUCUUCACAGCAGUGGCAGCGGCUGGGAGUAGAUGGGUGCGAGUCUGCUGCUUUUAGAGUAUAAUGGGAAGCGCUCACCCUGUGUGGUUCCUUUUGCAUAGGCUUGCUGGGGCGAUACCUUCUUUGCGUCAGAAUCAUAGAGUUGUACAGUUGGAGGAGACCCCAAAGGAUUGUCUAGUCCAACCCCCUGCAAUGCAGGAAUCGCAGCUAAAGAUUCCCUGGCAGAUGGCCACCCAGCCUCUCUUUAAAAACCUUCAAUGAAGUAGAGUCCACCACCUCCCAAGGGAAUCCAUUCCACUGUCUAACACAGUGUUUCUCAGCCUUGGGUCCCCAGAUGUUGUUGGACUACAACUCCCAUCAUCCCUGAGCUCUGCCCUUGCUAGCUAGGGAUGAUGGGAGUUGUAGGCCAAAAACAUCUGGGGACCCAAGGUUGAGAAAGGCUGGUCUAACAGCUCUUAACUAUCAUAAAAUUCUUCCUAAUGUUUAGUCCAGUUUCCUUUCUUAUACAACUUGAAUCCCAUGGUUUUAGCCCUACCCUCCAAAGCAGGAGAAAACAAACUUGCUCUAUCUUUCAUGCGAAACAUGCCCAGCUACCUCAGCCGAAAAACCCUUGCACCUUCCUGAUGUUCUGGACUGCAGCUCCCACCAGCUCCAGCAUCAUGUAGCCACACUGGCUGGGACCGAUGGGAGUGUUAGUUCAAAACAUCUGGGUGGCACCAGGUAGGCAAAGGAUGCUUUAGGCCAGGGGUCAGCAAACUUUUUCAGCAGGGGGCCGGUCCACUGUCCCUCAGACCUUGUGGGGGGCCAAACUAUAUUUUGAAGAUAAAAAAAUGAAUGAAUUCCUGUGCCCCACAAAUAACCCAGAGAUGCAUUUUAAAUAAAAGGACACAUUCCACUCAUGUAAAAACACGCUGAUUCCCAGACCAUCCACGGGCCGGAUUUAGAAGGCGAUUGGGCCGGAUCCGGCCCCCGGGCCUUAGUUUGCCUACCCAUGCCUUAGGGUUCCCCUCUAGGAACUGCAAGGACACUUCUCAAUUCCUGUCAGCUUCACUUCUGAGUAUACUUUGGAUUUCCUGGAAACAUUUCUGAAUUGCCUUUCUCUGGCUGAUCUUUGCCACAAUCCCUUCUCCCUCUGUACAGUGUUUGGAUCUUCACAGGUUCUUGAUAUAAUUCCCUCUCCCCACCAUCUCCGCGCCCCCAACCUGACUCCUGUACAUUCCACACAUUGUACAAAUUCUUCAUCUUGCUUCUAAUCCCAAGUGAAAACAUUCAUUUUUCUCCUGUCGUUGUUUCUCCAGUUUUCAUGGGUUUCGUUAUUAUUUAUUACCCUCUUAUUUAAUUCUAAGUAUUUUUGAUGCAAUUUGCAUGUGGCACAGAAGACAUUAGAAAACGUAAUGCUGCGCUGUAUUUCAUCGAGCUCUGCUUGUUUCAACAGCUCGUCUGGAAAAGAAGAUUGAUUUUGCUCAUAUUUUUUCUUCCCGGUUUUAGAAAUGAAAGGCUCCCGCAGUGAAAGGAAAGGGGGGCCGGCAUCUAUUCAGGCAUAUUUCAAAUCCCUGCAACAUUCCCCCCCUUCUUCUUCUCCCCCCACCCCAAGCUUCACAUUUCCCAGUGAGAUGAGGCUUUUGCAAGCAAGGUUGGGGGAAAUAAACAUUCAUUUCCUUAUUUGUUUGCCUGUUUUCAAGGCAUAGUCUGGGUAUUACUUAGGAGUCAGCCUCUGCCCGUUUUUCCUCUCCCUUCUGCUUCUCAGACCCCCUCAGGCGUUGGCCUGCGCUGCGCUUGGGUGACCCGCCUGCCGCUUUCAAUAAAAUGGCCCCAUCACAUCAGAACGCUGUCAUUCAUUCAUCCCCCGGGGAGUUGUGUGAGGCUUGGUUUACUUGCCUGUUGUCUGGUGAUAUCCCUUCUGGGGAUGCAUCCUGUUCACUCUCACUUGGUGCUGGUGCCACGCAUGACCUGUGGGGAUUACGGAGGCUGAGUCUGUGAGCAGGGAGGCUUGCGGCCACCUUCUUCCUACCAGACUCACAAUAUAUUCGAUGAUUACAGGGAGACGUGAAAACACCCCUGAAGGAAGAAGGUCUAAGGCAGAGGGUCUCAAAAGGGUGUGGCAGCAGAGGGUAGCAAGCGUGGCAGGAAGAUGCAAGGACAAUCAAAUAAACAUUCACACAGUUCAGUGUAGUAUAGUACAGUAUCGUAUUAAAAUAUUAUCAUUAUUGUUAUUUUGUAGAAUAUAGAUAGGUGCCUUUUCAAAAUGAGAAAAAGAGCAUCAAGUGAUACCAAGCACAAUCCUAGUUGUGUUUUUCAAUGCAUUUCUUGCCAAUAAAAAAAUUCGGUGUGGCGCGAGCAAGUUUUUGUUCUGAAAGUGUGGCCCAGAAGAAAAAAGUUUGAGGACAACUGGUCUAAGGUUUGAAUUCUCCCCUUUCUUGUAAGAUCUGCGAUUAUUUAUUUAUUUAUUUAGUGGAACACAUGUUUUUGAAGUGGGGUGCAAUAGAAAGCAGGGUUUUUACGUGUGCGUGCUCUUUGGGUGCUGAUGCUGCUUGUCUUGCAUUUGGAUGGCCAGGCCCCCUGGAGGGCUGAGUCCCGUAGAUCAGCUUGAGCCCAGGCCUCCAAGCGGGAUGCCUCAGCACCGCCUCCAUGGACUUCCUUCGGCCUUGCAUUCAUUCCUCCUCCGAUGCCAUUGAAAUAGUUCUUUGAAAACAAAGACUCUGGGCUAUCUGUGUUGAGGCAAUUGUUGAACGCAUUAUCUUAAAGUGGCAGUUAACGGCGUGCAUGCCCUUGUUUCCUCUGUUCUUCCGCGCUUGAGGCAAUGUUGGGCUGCGUUGAGUGUGCUUACGAUCUUUAUUCCACGGAGUCAAGGGAAAAGAUGGUGAUUUGUUUGCACCCUCUGGACCGGAGGACAGAAUGCUGUGUCUGCACCGCUGUCAGUGAGCUAUUCUUUGGCACCAGGUGUGGGUCAGGGGAGGAGCCCUGCGUGGUUUUGCUGACAUUGCCAGCAGCCCGAUUAAAUGGAAGCCAGCUUUGUAUUGCUGUGUUCCCAGUCUGAGGCCAGUUAAUUCUGGUGCAGAGGCUUGGAGAGUUUGCUUCCAGGUGUAAUGUGUUUGCUCCAGGCAAGGCUCUUGGUCCCGACACGGAAAUGGAUUGGUGGUUGUGCAAAAGUACCAUUUGGACAGCUCCCUUGGCCCUUCGUGAUUGCGUUGCCGAGGUCCUUAGGAACACGGCUCCCCCCUUUUCUGAGCCAGCUCGACUAAUUGCUUUCCCAUUUUGAUUGUCCUGGAUUUCUCUUCUCUAAACAUUUAAUCUAUGCUGUGCUCCAUCAAAUAGCGGCUCUGCCUUCGUGCCAGGUUUGGCUUGGGCGACGCUGGGCACCGUGCCUCUUAACUCGGCACCAAACAUUUGGUCAGGGGAGGGAGGGAAGGAUGCCCCCGCCUGCAACAAUUGCACUGAGUACAGCACCUGUCGGUUUGCAAAGAGCUCAGGAACCCAUAAACUUUUACACAGCGCAGCAAAACAGUUGCAGAUGGCCUAAACUGAUGAUUAAAUAUUGCUGCUGUUUUGCCCAGAAAGGCUGUGCCCAUACCCCAUGUGUCUGGUUUCUGAUUACUUCGGGUAAUUAAGGGGUCGCAGCCAAGUCCAGCUAUUUCCAAGGGUUCCUCUUCCAAUCCAUCUCGGGAGAGCAGAGGGGAAAGCAAUUGUCACGAUUGCCAAAAGCUGAUUUGUGCUGCUGCAGUCAGUCAAUUCCCAGUUGCCACUUUUGGGCCUCAGAACAGAAUGCCUGCGUGAUGCUUGAGGACAGCUGAGAGAGGCAAGACGAGGAUGGAUCGUGGGCUCUGCCUGCUGCUGCCGCCGGCGGUGCAAAAGCGAUUGAGAUUGCUCUGGUAGGCAACAGGCUAUAAAUCUGCCUGUAGCAAGCCCACUAGAUGCUAGGGGCAGCCAGUUUGACAAGACGCAGCCUUCUUGCAAGCCCCUUCCCUCACAGCCUUCCCAUGUUUCCCACAGUUGAGAGGCCAUUUUCUAGUGGGAUUCCUUUGGAGAAUCCUGCCCUGGCUCACUCCUCAAAGAGCCACCCAGGAGAUGAGGAGAGGGGCCUGGGCAGUAGAAAGCUCAGCCACUUGCUUUGCCUGAAGUUGCAAAGUUCUAAAACAUGCCAGAACUGAUUUUUUAUUCAGUUUUCAUUCCCUCGAAUAGCAGACUUUGUGUUCAUGUGUUGAUGGACUUGGAGGCCCAGUGGAACCACAGGGGAAAAAUAGGGAGAUUUCAGAAUGGUAGGGUGAACCCCAGGGGAUGCAGAGAUAUAAACAAGGGCACCCCCACAAAGAACAAAAUGUUGACCUAUAAAGCCUUAACGGACUGCAGUACCUCAAGGAACCCCCCCCCCAUUUACCCCAACCCUUUGAUCCUCAUCUGGGGCCCUUCCUUGUGUUCUUCCUCCAUGAGAGGUCUGGACGACGGGUGACAUGAGGAUGGGCCUUGUCAGUAGUGGCUCCCCACUGGUGGGAUGCUCUUUCCAGGGAGGCUUACCUGGUGCCUUCACUGCAUAUUGUUAGGUGCCAGGAAAAAACGUUCCUCUUCUAGACCCUUGACCAAUGAAACAAUCUAUAGCCUUUUAAAUGUAUCCGUGGGAGGGGGGUUGUUGUCACGUUAUGCAUUUUGUGUUUUGUACUGUAAACUUGCCACCUUGCAAUCUUUGGAUGAAGGGUGUGUGUGUGUGUGUAACUGUAUACAUUUAAUGAAUAGGAAUCAUAAAUAAAAAAUCCCAUGGGGGUGCUGAGCAUGCUCAGUGGUCUCCAGAAGCCACAGAGCAUUGAGUGCUGGCUAGAAGAUAAAAAUGGACGACUGGGGACGGGUGUGAACUAACCAGCUCGAGACCCUGACAGAGUUACAGCCGGGAGUGUCCUGCAGGAUUAUUAGCCACAAUAUUUUGUUGCAGUUCCUACAUUAGUAUGUCAGGAAUCCAUAGAUCUGCUCUGUAUUUUAAUUUUCUAUUGUCUGUAUUCUUCCUGGCAGCAGUGGUCUAGGUCGUUUCCUAAACACCAACAUUUUUUUUUAACAUUUCCAUCAGCUGUGGGCUCUCAUGAACGGUUCUAGUCUGUGGAUUAUAUAGCGACUCUGAGAAACGUUCAGCUUAGUUGAGGCUCACCCUCCUAACCUGUAAAAGGGCCACCCGCAAGUGUGUGUUUUUGCCCCCACUGGAAAUGAGCGGUGCUGGAAUAGGAUCCGGUGGCUCUUGCAGCCGAAGGCAUUUCUUGAGAGGGCUGCUGUCAAAAGCUCUCUUUUUGCUGUCUUGGCAAAUAAAAGAAGAAUGGUGCACACAUACUCUCACACACCCCUUCAGCAAAAUGCCAGGCAGGGAAAUCUUGGGAGUCGCCUGGUUCUUUAAUCUGUUUCACAUUCCGCAAAGUGGAUGCUUGUCUGCUUCCUCAUGUCUCCGGAGGCAACAGGAAAAGCUGUCUUGACAGACUUUGAUGUGGAGUGUCUGAUCUGCAGGAAUUCUGGUGUUGCUCCUCUCCAACUCUGCCAGUCUGCUUAUUGUCUCCAUUAUGGCCCAGAUGGCCAAAGCAGAACUUCCAAGCAGUGCUGGGUGUACCAAAGGUGGCUGCUCCUGCUUCUCUGUGGCCUGGGGGGGGGGCAGUUUGCUCCCUCUGCACCUGCAUUUGCUCCCUUGUUAUGCCUCCUUGUGUUGCUUUCCAAAACGGAACAAAUGGGAAGAUGGUGUAAGGAGGGACCACUUUUUUCAGGUGACCGUCUCGCCUUCUCCGGUAGCUCCAAGGUUUGUCGGAAAGUUUGGGGUUGCUAACUGGCGGAAAUGACUGGCAGAAUCCGAGACCAGAGAGAAGAGUCGGUGAAAGAAGACUGGAAGAAAUUUAAAGACUAUUUACAGAAAUAUUGUAAAAUUAAGGAAUUUUAGAUGGAUGUUGGAUAGAAACUAAGAGGUUUUUAGCUGUAAUGCUUUAAGAGAUAUGAAAAAAGGUUUGCAACUGGGUAAUUUCAAUGGUAAGGAUUUGCUGAACUAACAAAUUGAACUGGAAUACAAAAAAGGGAGGUAUGAGGAGGUCCGGGGAAAUAAGUAUAGGGAAGAUAGGUUAUGGAAAAUUAAUGUUUUUUUAACUGUUUUAUUUGGUAUGUUUCUUUUUAUUCUUCACUUUUUUGGUUAUAUUUUAAAAAACUUUAUUCUUUUUUUUUCUGUAUUCUGUAUUUUUUGUAACUUUAAUAAAUAUCAUUUUUUUAAAAAAAGAAGAAAGUUUGGGGUUGCUGUGCUUGCUGGAAGACAGUGGAACAGUUACGCUGUAAACGCAGUGUGCCAAAGUGGAGAACCCUCAUUGCGAAAUACCCUGGCCAGCAUCCUGGCGGAGCUGCGUCUUGGACCAGCUGCCAUUUCCAAUCUGCCCCACAUAAAGGGCAUUGUAAUGCUUCAUCCAGUGUACAACUAGCACAUGGGCAGGCAAGGUCACAUCAGUCUCAAUAAACCUACCAUUAAAAUUAUGGACUGGUCAUUUCCUCAUUAGAGGGCAAAUGGGCAAAGUUAGCAGGGGAUCAAAUACUCCCCUCCCCCACUGUAUUAUCUUGAAUUGUUCUUAUGGGGCAGUGGGGAGCCAUGCAGGCCCCGGGGAACUUUGAGGCUUUUGGCCCACUCUCUUUGCGCCAGCCUGCCCCCAUUAUGGAGAAUGGGCAGGUUCAUCCCUUCGGAGUUUAUGGCGGUGAGAAUCCUAGUCUCUCCAUGCAGACAGAGCUGUAUGCAUGCAAUUUCUUUUCUCUGUGCUCACUUGUUACCUAGUAUGAAAUGUACCCUUUAGAAAUGCCCAUGAAUUUUCCUCUGCAAGGCAGCUUAAUUUCCUAAAACGAAAGGGUGUGGGGGGGAAGUGUUUAGCUCUUGCUCUACCUGACACUGCUUAUUGCUUUUGAGAUGCACUAGAGAAAAGCAGGAUUGAAGGCAGGCUGGCUUAACACAGGUGUUAGAAAAAAGAUUAAGAGGUUGGAAAGAUAUCGCUGGAGAUUUGAGGCUCGCUUCCUGAAGUCUCUCUAAAUUGACAGCUAAUAGGUAGUUCUUCUUGAUGGCUCUUUCCAGCUAUAUUCAACCGGCAGAGAUCCACGCACAAAGGGAGCCCUUUCACUUCCAAAGAUUCAUUUCACAUUUCUUUUAACAAAUGAUUUCUGAGCUCCACGGUAACAAGGUUAUUUUGCUUUUGCAGCAUGCAAAGCAGGCACUUUGCUUUUAUUAAGCAGGCUUUAUUAAUUCAUUUCCAGAUUCUUCUCCCCCUCCCCUUCUCUCCCCCCCCCCCCGGCUUCUUAUUCUCCAUUUCCAAUCACACCAAGUUGCUGAUGAAGAGUUGCCAGUCGCUAGAGCUAAGCUCCUCAAUUCGCUCUUCCACUGGAAGGAGCCAGGGAAGGCGGCCUUCUCCGAAAAGAACUGAUUCGGGGAGCCAGUGCUGCUGUCAACAGGCCCUUGCAGCUACAGCAGAUCAGCCAGAGAAGCAUUUGCGAGGCUUCCAAAGAGCUUGCUUUUUCAAAGAGCCAUUGAAAUGCCACAAUAUGUAUAGAUAUAUUCUGUGUUGAUGCUGUGGCUAGGAGAGCACAACCCUUUCCUGGGGACCCGCUCCCCAGCUGAAAAAUUGGGUGGAUGUCCCAGGCCCUCACAAAAUUGCCCGUCUCUAAUAGCAUGCUGGGUGCUUUAAAAGUUUAUUAAUUAGAAAUGUAUGGAACUUCUUGCAGGGGGCGAAGAACAAUCUGUUAAAUGGGUUUCCAGAAGAACCUCAGCCUGAUGGUCAGGAUGAAAGCACUCUUCCUUCUCUUUUCAAGGAUAUGAAAAGGAGGAUCCCAAAGUCUGCCCCCCCCCCCCGCCCCAAUGAUCUCUCAUAGCAACCAGCCGGGUGCUUUUGGGAGGCCAGGGGGGAUGGGCAGGACAGAGAAAUAGCAUCUUUCCCCUCUUGUUUCUCCCCAACAUUCCCUGGCAUUCAGAGCUGUAUUGCCCUUGAAUAUGGAAGGUUUGUUCUUUGAGACAGUAUUGGUGACCUGAUCACUCAUCUCCCUGUUGCAGUAUUGAUGGCUGUUUUACUUGGACAUGGUUUGGCUUCCUGUUGGUGAUCAUUUGAUACUUCCUUGACCUGGUGCCGUCCAGAACUUUCAGAUUGCAACUUCCAUCACUGCCGCCCACAUCACUCCCAACCGGCACUGCUGUACGAUGCUGAGUCUGAUGGUAGUUGUAGGUCAAAACAUCUGGGGGGCACCAGGUUGGGGAAGGUUGUCGUAGAGUUCUUUGAAGUGGAAGACUCCUCCCAUGCGCCUUGGGAUCUGCGCAUCAUAGUUUUUGUCUAGGAAUCCAGUGACAUUCGGGUGCCAGUGGGUUGGCAGCAUUAAUAAUUACACUCGAGGCACUUUCAUAAUUUAUCCUAAUGACUCCGUUACUGCAUAUUAGAGGAGAUUUCUCCCCCCGCCUUCCCCAGUUGAGGUCGAAGCAGAUCGUAACUGCCGAUAAUGACAUCGAUUGCAGGCUCGGAGGAAAUGGAGUUGGCUUUGUAGUGGAGUUUUAAUUUAGCAAUUGUUCUGGUGAUGUAGCCCUCUUCUAUGGUACAUUACUUUGCGUCCAACCAAACGGUGUGCUCCCCUAGCCCCUCAUUACGGCUGCAGUCUCAUUGCUUUUUAAUUAAAAAAAAAAUGGAGGGAGAAAAACAAGAACCGGCAGCCUUAGAUUGCACGCUGCCUUGAUAGGCAGAGUCGAAAGCAAACGCUUGUAGCCAUUUCAGAACUUUCAACUUGCAAUUUCAAGCUGGGUACGAGAGCCAUUCCUUCUCAAGGAAGCCGAGCUUAGCGGGGCAUCUUUCCUGCCAGAAUGUUUUUUCGCCCCUUAAGUGGAGCUGAGUGAGGGGGGAAUUACAUGUUGCUUCCAUUAAGUGCUUAUUUCCAGACUUCUGUUUGCCCAAGUAAAGUGCAUGCAGGGAAAGAGGGGCAUUUAACUGGCAGCAGGAGCUGCUUGCUUGACCUUUCCUACACCUUCCUAUUUUUGCUGCUAAGCCCCUCCUCCCGCCCACAAGACCUUUUGCUCUCCAGCUGGACCCUUCCCCUCUUUUUCUCAUUCCGAGGCAAAUGCCAGGUUUGCUUUGUAACGCUAGACUAAUGUGCACCUCCAGUCUUGGCACACCUCCUUUUGGGGCACCGUAAACUGAACCUCGUCUGUUUUCCUUGUAGGCCAAGAGCGUCUCUCAUCACAAAGGCAGUGCUGGGUCGCAAACAGUGCUUCCCCACAGCACUUCCAAACAGCUGUGGUUUCUGGGACUGAAUGUGGGGUGUUUUCCCCCCUUCAGCUGCAAUGUAAUGUGCCUUGAUCUGCUCCGCUUCAUGCCAAUCCCUGCCACUGAAAGGGUCUAGUGCAGGGGUCAGCAAACCUUUUCAGCAGGGGGCCGGUCCACUGUCCCUCAGACCUUGUGGGGGGCCAGACUAUAUUCUGGAGGAAAAAAAUAUAUUAACGAAUUCCUAUGCCCCACAAAUGACCCAGAAAUGCAUUUUAAAUAAAAGCACACAUUCUAGUCAUGUAAAAACACGCUGAUUCCUGGACCAUCCGUGGGCUAGAUUUAGAAGGCGAUUGGGCUUGAUCCGGUGCCCGGGCCUUAGUUUGCCUAUUUGUUAUUGGUAUGAGCUUUCGUGUGCAUGCAGGUAUCUGAAGAAGUGUGCAUGCAAAUGAAAGCUCAUACCAAUAACAAACUUAGUUGCUCUCCAAGGUGCUACUGGAAGGAAUUUUUUUAUUUUGUUUCAACUACGGCAGACCAACACGGCUACCUACCUGUAACUGCCUUUCCAUAGUUAAACCACACUCGAUGUGAAAAAAGUACAUAAUUACAAAAAUAUAACGAAAGUAAUCAUAAGCAGUAAAUGAAAUGUCUCAAUAAGCGCUCAGUAAAAAGACAAAAUCUCCAUAUGUCAUGUUAAGGCCUUACAAUAGAGAUGCAAGAAAUCAGUACCAAUAGCAGCAAAAGGUGAGCACCUCCAAAAUGAAUUCUUGACUCCAGCCAAAAACCCCUGAAGGAAACCCCACCCCAAGAGUCUCUGGGCACCGUGAGCCAGGAGGUCCUGUGAGACGCACAGCAAACGUGGUUUCUGGCCUGUUCAGCAGCUUCAUCCUUUGUAGCUGGAUUGCCCAGACAUCUCGACUUGCCCUACAUCCCGAUGGAGGAUUCUGAACAAGUGGGGGGGGGGAGCUUUGUGUCUCCGUUCCACUUGAUUCCCCAAUCCCAGCAAUUCCCACCUCUACCUGUAUGGUAGGAUUGGAGCUGCAGCUGGUGCUUUUGUUGGUUACUUUUUAAAUUACCGCUACAAAUGUUCACAUACAUUUAUAAAAUUGAUUGUGAUGACAUUGCAGCAAUGUAUAAAUACAUUUAAACGUUAAGUAAACAUUAAGAAAUCUGGGUGCCUGCUUACUAGAGGGAGGAUCUCUUGUAUGUAUCUGGACUUUAUAAAGCGUGCCAAUGUGUCGAGAGCAACCCUUAAAAGAAAUAACCAUUUAUUUUUAUUACUUUUGCCUGUGUGAGGGAAAGGGAUGGAAGUGGGUUCUCUUGGAUCAUUAUAUAUAUAUUUUUCCCCUGUCCGCAGCCAAACAGAGGGACAAAACGGCCUCGUGAAGAUGAGGAAGAUGAUCUCAAAGUGCGGCACAAGCAGGGCGGUGCGCGGGAGCGUGGUCGUCACCGGGAAGAGGAGGCACCUGUGAUGGAGGAGACGGAGGACGAGAGGAAGAAGGUCCUUCAUAUCAUUGAGAAGGGCGAGGAGGAAGAGGAAGAGGUACUUUUCUCAUGAGGAGGCUGUGCUGCCCCUCUGCCCCUCUUUCUCUGGAAAGCAAAGGCACGUGAAUUCAGUGUACAAUGGUUUGUGGUCUGCAACAUGGGAAGAAUUUCCCUGAUAGCUGGACAGGAUUGUUUUGUAGAAUUACAGAACUGUAGAGUUGGAAGGAACCCCAAUGCAGGAAUUUGUGCCCUUCAGUUUUCGGCUUAGUAAAUACCCACUUUUUUUGCGGAUGCUGAAUUUCCUCUACGGUUGAACAGCGUUUUGUGCUUAUGUGGAGGAGAUAAGAUUUGAGUUGCACCCCUUCCUUCUGGACCCACAAGUGUACUUCUUCCUCUCCUCUUCUCCCCCCGCCCCCCACAGCAGGAGCAAGAUAUUCCAUGGGGCUUGGGAGCUGAUUCCACUCUAUUUGUGUAGCAGUUAACAAUCCUGGGGGAUCUAAACACUCAUGGAGGGCUGCCCUUUCUGUUGAAGGUUUGGCGGGGGACAGAACGAGGCUUGGGGGUUGAGGAGAGACAUUUAGCAAGCUUGCUUCUGUGUAAGGGUCGUAAAGGGAGGUGGGGAGACUGCACAACUUAGAACCAGUUCACAGCUGCUGGGUUGUGAGAGCCGAGGAAAUCAUGCAGUCUCGUACAAUGAGUUAAUUUGUGUGUUUGGCCAGGAGGAACCUCUGGAUGAAAGUUCCGUGAAGAAGAUGAUCCUCACUUUUGAGAAGAGGUCUUACAAGAACCAGGAACUUCGGAUCAAGUUCCCUGAUAACCCAGAGAAGUAAGUCUUGGAAUGAUUUGGCUUUUUUUUUUUUUUUGCUUCGUCCAACAUACUCAGGUUACUAACUCGAGUUCCCUGUUAACAAAAGGUCCGGCUGAGAGAGACUUCAGCUGGUGGAUAAAUCUUUGUUGUUUUUUAAUGCAGAGAAACCUAUUUUGCAGAAUGAGAGCCGGGCACUCACAGGCUUUUAACUGAGACCUCUUUAUACUUUGGAAAUAAGCCUUCAAAGUCAGGCAGCUCCUUGGUUCAGAAACAAAGCUCUCAGCAAUUUCUCGCGGAUCCAGUGGCUUGUGAAUUCGAUAGGUCAGCUUCUGUUCUUGCACAUGAUCUGGCAAGCUGUUAUUCAGUGCAAAUCUGUACAGCAAGGCUCUGCCCUGCUGUCGCUUGGUGUCAAGAAAACAGACCUGACCAGAGGGAUGUGCUUUGCUUUACAUUCUCAUCAUGCCAGAGAUAGCUCAGAAACAGCGUUUGAAAGUAGCAGGAGGGGCUUCACUGAAGCUCAAGUAGCAUUUAAGAAAGCUAUAUAAGGCAGAAAGUGGCAUGAGCUAGUACAGAAACCGGCUGAGCAUCGGGGCAAAACAUUAUGGCUUCAUUUUGAAGCAUUGGUAGUUAGACAGAUGGCUGUACAACCUCUGCUUAAAAACCUCCAAGGAAGGAGAACCCACCACAUUCUGAGGGAGUACGUUCCACUGUUGGAACAGCUCUUACCAUCAGGAAUUUCUUCCUAAGGUUUAGUCGGAAUCUCCUUUCCUGUAUGGAUUGGGUACCAAAAACAAGCUUGCUCCUUAUUCCUCCUUGAACGCUUUUGAGCUCAUGCUUGCUUACAGCUCAGUUUUCUCUCUGUCCACCUCCUCUCAGUCAAUUAUUCUUUUAUUUCCCCUUUAAAGAAUUCAUGUAGGGUUUCUGAGCGUUCAAAGAUCUCUGCCUACUCAAUAUCUUCUUGUAAUCCUAAAACAACCUUAAAUGGCAGGUCAGUUAUUAUCACCCCCAUAUUACAGAUGGGGAAACUGAGGCUGCAAGAGCUGUUUCCCCAAGGCCACCUACCUAGUGACAUAGCAGAGGUGAGAUUUGAAUCUGGGAUUUCCUGCUUUGCAGCUCGGUCUCUUACCCCUUAGAUGCCCCAGCAUCUCCUGUGCUCCAGGGUCCGUGUCUUUUUGCAUCCCGCAUCUCCUCUCUAGCCUCUGACAAGCCUGCUACGCUCCUCGUAAGCUCAGCCUAGGAUGACUUUUGUUGUCUGCCAGGUGCAGGCCUGCCUGCUCACCUGUACCAGGUUCCCAUCAUUUUUUAAGAAUGUACUCAGGACUUGCCAGGUCGCCUGAAUGGCACUUCCAGCUGCAGCUGGCUGUUGGUUCAUGAAAGCCAUUGGACGCUGCACCCAGGGAGCUUUGGGGUGAAGGGAGGAGGAGCUCUCCAUUCUGUGGCAGGAAUGGGUUUUGCCACUCUGCUGCAGACCUUUCUGAGUGGCAGUUUCUUACGGACCACGAACCGUUUCCCCUUCUUCGGGGCUCUUGCAUUGAUAGCUCUUCCUUCCCGCAGCUGCUGUCACCGUUCAUCAGCCCUGCCGGUUAUCUUGGCUGUCUGCUACCCUGCUUAGCCUCUGCUGGCACUUGCUCUUUCUCAGUUCCAGAGCCCAGUGAGAAUCCAGAUCUCUCGCGGCCCAUCAGGCCGUGUUUGUGUCCCCUGAGAGCAUCAGGCGGGUGUGCUGAGGCUGAGCUGCAGCUCCCUGCUUUGGCUGUUCCUCCCAGCUGGUGAAUUGCAAGCAGUCGAUCCAUGCCGGAUCCCCCAGGGCACCCUGAGCCUUUCUGGAGGGCAGAGUUUCCUUCAAGUGUGGAGAAAAAGCUGCUUAGCAGAACGCCUUGGACGGAAUUGAUGGGGACCCAGUGGGCGAGUUAAAGGCAGUGUGGAAAAACAAAACGAAACCCCCCUUUGCUCCGUGGGCAGAAUCACAAUAUUGUAUCUGGUUCAAAUUUAGUCUCUGCCAGCGGUGUGCUUGCAAGUCUUAUUUGCUGAAUUUCAAACAGGACUUUUUGUUUGGCAAGUAUAAUGGCACCAAAGCACACAGGGAAGAUUGAUGGUGUUUUUUAAAAAAAUGUUGUUAAAAUACUACAUGGAAAAAUAAUCACAUUUUAACUGGACCCUAUACAAGGCAGUCAGUGUCCCCCAAAUAGCAGGCUUGGACUUCGCAGUCCUGUCUGGUAGAAGGCAGUUCUGAAGACAUGCAGUGAGAGGAGGGUCCUUUCUCUUGUUUGUGCACAAACAUCUCCUGCGGAUCAAUAUCAUAAUAGCCCAAAGCGUUGGACCUGCCGGCUUCCACACAAAAGAGCUGGGCUGAGCCAUUCGGAUUUCCAGUUCCCAACCCCAUGGUAUAAACUGGAUGCAUUUGGAAUUUGUAUAAUUAAUUUACAUCUGAAGCGACUCUCUUAGGAAUGCCCAGGAUGAGCUGAAUAUGCGCCAUCAUUUUUGGUGGGUGUUUUUACAGCUCUAAGUAUGCAGUCUUGUGAAAGAACAACAUAACGUUUUUUCUGGGUCCCGGCAAAAUGAAAACCCAGCAAAAUCUUCCUCCAAACUCUGCUUUGCUUUUUGCAAUAUUGAAAUGGCCUUUGAGAAGUUCUGCGCCCUGUCUCCUUUGCUUUCCAAUUGAAGUUAAUAGAACGUGCACUGCAUGUAACUUACUGAUCAGUCGGCAGCAGCAGCAGCAGCAGCAGUGCUCUCUAUUCAGUGCCUUGGCACUUGGUGCCCUGAUAUGGGCAGUUAUGCUGAUGUGCGCAGUUUUGGCUGAUCAGGUCUUCGCCACAGUCCUGUAGCUUUCAAUUUCACAAAAUGCCUGGAUCCUUCUUGCAUGCUUUCUCUUCUAAAUGACAGAGUUAUAAAUUAAAUUUUGGGGAUUGCUGGAACACAGAAGAGCCCACAAGGUAGUCUGGUGGCUGUGUGGGUGGAUGGGGGUGGAGUGGGGGGAGGAUUCUAGGGUCUGCAUAAACAGGAUCUGCUGGGUUUGGGAUUUGGGGAGUGUCUUUGGCCUUGAUAGGAAGGGAACUCCUGCAGGCGAGAUGGUGGCCGUGUGGGCACCUGACAGACAUCUGGCUCCACUUGUCACUGCCUCGGUGAGAGCAGCAUUCAGCUGCUUACAGUCUAGAAUGUAAGUCUGAGCAGCGUUAGGUCUAGAGAAAUGAGGGAAGGCAAGGGUCAGGAAAAUGGGUGAAGGUUGAGAGGGAGAUAAGGAAAGCAAAGAAGCUUCGGAAGAACAUGGAAGAGAAAAGCACCAGCAAAACCCGUUAUCAAUGUGGCCAAGUUCUAAUGUGCAAGGGUAUGGUCUGACCACAAAACCAGUAAGAGCCAGUUAAGGAGUAACCUAACAGCUAAAUGCUAGAGUGAAAAAACAGUUCCAAAUAAGGUACAAGGAGGGUUCUGAUAUGUACAGUAAUAAAAACACCGGGUUGAGUAAGUGUUUCUAAGGAUUGUGGUUGGCUGAGCGAUGGGGCAAUGGGCCUGGCAGAAGGUGUUUGAGGAGAAGAUGAAACAGCCAAGGGGACACACAUCUUGCCUAUAUAGUUUGCAUUCUAAUGGAGAGCUCUCUUUGGAUUCUGCCCUGUAAUGUAUUCCUGAAGAAAGUCUGAGCAGUUGGGAACUUGGUGUGCAUCUCUGUACAUGAGCCCCCAAAGGGAAUUCGCCCCACGUUGGCUAGUCCAGGGCUGCAGAAUUCUGCCUAUUUAUUAAGCAUGUAUUAAGCCGUAGGGAGGGACGCGGGUGCCGCUGUGGGUAAAACCUCAGCGCCUAGGACUUGCCGAUCGCAUGGUCGGCGGUUCGAAUCCCCGCGGCGGAGUGAGCUCCCAUCGUUCGGUCCCAGCUCCUGCCCACCUAGCAGUUCGAAAGCACCCUUAAGUGCAAGUAGAUAAAUAGGGACCGCUUUAUAGUGGGAAGGUAAACGGCGUUUCCGUGUGCUGCUCUGGUGCCGGUUCGCCAGAGCAGCUUCGUCACGCUGGCCACGUGACCCGGAAGUGUCUGCGGACAGCGCUGGCUCCCGGCCUCUAGAGUGAGAUGAGCGCACAACCCUAGAGUCUGUCAAGACUGGCCCAUACGGGCAGGGGUACCUUUACCUUUACCUUAUUAAGCCGUAGGGGAAGAGGUGCAUCGAAGGAUGCUGGACUAGACUCACAACAGGUCGGCCUUCCCUCAUCCCCUUCCUGUUUCCUUCUUUUCUUUGGGGUUUCCUUUGGGCAGUGAGAGGGCAGCAGCCAUAUCUGCCCCAGGGGGCACUUAGCUGGCCGGUGGGCCAUGGACCUUUGCUGGCCCCGCUGAACUUUGCCCUGCUUCCUCCUGCAGGUUCAUGGAGUCCGAGCUGGAUCUCAACGACAUCAUCCAGGAGAUGCACGUCAUCGCGACCAUGCCGGACCUGUACCAUCUGCUGGUGGAGCUCAACGCUGUGCACUCCCUCCUCGGGCUGCUUGGCCACGACAACACCGAUAUCCUUUCUGGGGUGGAUGAGCCAGGCUCUGCUGUCAGUGUCCCCCCCUCCCCCCGUAGUUCUGGUUUCCUGCCGCUGCCCCCUCUCUGUGUAUCACUCACAGCGCAAUUGGGAUUCUCGUGAGAGUCUGAAGCCAGGCAUGCAUGCUUAGAGCAGCAUGCUGUGGCAUUGUCCCUCGGCUUCAAAGCCAGCGGGGGGACCUUGGGCUAGAGGGGGCGUGAGCUGUGCUGAUAGGAUUGAUGUUGCAGAGGUCAGUCUUGGCAGGGGAGGAACCCAGUCUGGGAAAAGCAGCAGAAGAAAAAGCAGACCACGUCUUGGGAGCAGGUGAGACUGGGAAUAGUAAUUCAAGGCUGCAGAGAGCACAGUGUUUCUCAGAAGGUGCAGACACAUGCUGACAGCUGCUAGGAGCCACAGGUGAGAGUUGAGUGCAGGAUGGGGACCAAAGGUGGACAAAGGACCCCAGAAGGAGCACAGCAUGUUCUUCAUCAGAAGUACUACCCCCUUUCCCCCCACAUCCCACACCAAAUGAAACUAUGACUGUCUUAGAGCUUGGUCGGCUAGGCACAGAAGUGCCAUGGCAAAAGGACUGCAAAUGAGCAGGCAGGCUAAACACACACACACACACACACACACACACACACACACGACUUGUUUAUAAGAAUUUUCCAAAGUUCUGAGUUCUGAGUCAUUUAAGGAUGACCCUGUUGCAGUGGGAAUGUUUAAUCGCAAGUUGGGCAGUGUGUGUCCAAAAGGUGCAAACCAGAUUCCUCCAUGAAAAUGAACGUGGCUUUUGUGGAAAGCUUUUCCCGUGAGCUGCAGCUUCCCAACCUGUGACUGUUCCUUUUCUCCUGGGUUUAGCGGGAUUCUGUAUUAGGCUUUUUGCUGCUUGCUCGCCUCUGCAGAGAACAACGUUCUGCAGAUCAAACCCCGCUGCUCAUCUUCUCCCUGGUCUGGAGUGGAAAAAUUGUGAAGUCAAUUGUCUUUGGUCCCGCUGGCUAGAGUGGUGAGUGGGCCAGUCACAGGAGACGGGGCAUUUUUGGUGGUGGUGCCUGUGCUCACAGAACUCCCCCCCCCCCCCGGUUGCUUAACAAUAACCUCAAACAACCCUGCAGGAGAAACCUGUAGAUAAAGGCUAGAUACAUCUUUAUUUGUCCAGAUAUACGGUUUGGAGAAAAAGCUUUUUUGGUGGUCCUGGAGAUAAUUGUGUCAGCUGCACUCUGUUAAGACUUGUGGGUUUGUGGUUUUAAUUGUGUCUUACUGUUGUGCUGCUUCACUUGAUUCAAUUUACGUUAGCCACCCUGUGCUCCAGUUGCAGGAAGAGCAGGUUACCAGAACAAUGAAUGAGUAUUAAAGCCCAGCGAGUGCAGCAAAGCAGGAAGCGCCUGCUGUGCCUAGCCAUCUCUGUCACCUUAGUUCGUGGCAGUGCAAAGCUUUGGCUGGAGACGAGGUUUGCGGGCAGCUUUGAGAGUGGCAUUUUGUACCCAAAGGUCAGCAUGGAUUUGUCAUUCUCGGGGAAAAACACAAACAGUGGGGGGUUUGGCUGGGACUUAGUGGUCUUGCUUGCGGUGACCUUUAAGAGGAAGGAAUGCAGAGUGUUGUAUCUCUCCAGCCCUGAGAAGCUAAUGCCUGGGAGUGACGGCCACUGCUGACGACUUGUCAGAAUAUCCAUCGCUCAGCCCUGCAUUGAGCAAAGCGGGGUCAUCCUGUAUCUGUCAUUUAGAUUGGGGGCAGAGGCCCGGCUGGUGACCUGCAGCCCCCCUGGGGAAGGCGCAGUUGCCAAGAGCUGCUGGAGCUCCUCUGAAAUGUUGGAAGGCAAAGCAGUAGAGAGCAAACCGAAUCCUUAGACUUGAAACGCUGCGUUUUAGCAGAAGUGAGAAUGCAAGGAUCAUUUGAAGUGAAGUACCUGGGCAAAUGCGGCUUUGUGUAAAGUGAGACCAGAGAGAUGUUUUGAAGGCUCCCCCCCCCCCGCCCCUCCCCGAAAGGAGUGCUAAACUGAGCUGGCUCUUCACACUUGAUUUAAGGUUGGUGCUUUGGCAGGAGGAGGACGGAGAGGCGAGGUGGGUAAAAUCCCCAGCGAUAAAAUUAACUUGUGGACAAGGCAGCUCCUCUGCUGAACCAGAGCCAAGGAUGCGAGGAAGCGGUAAUGCUCAGGUGGUGGCUUAAAUUAGCAAAGGCUGAGAGCCGCCUGGGAAGAGAAGCUGCUUCCUUCUCCAGACCUCUUCAGCCCAGCUGGCAACAUCUGAUUCUGAAAAAAAGCUGCCUCUUAAUGGAGAGGGAUUGCAGACUUGAAACAGGCCUUGUGUGAGCUUGAACUUUUAUUUUGCAGCGAUGGCAACUGGAACGCAGAAGAGAGCACACACUCUCUCUCUCUCUCUCUCUGUGUGUGUGUGUGUGUGUGUAGCCAAGCUGAGGCUUGAGGGCAUGGCUGACAGAGACAAAUCCUGCUUUCCUUAUCCCCUCCUUUUCUCCCCCUUUGGCCUUUCCAAGAUGAAUUAAUGGCACAGGGACUUCAGCAUCUUCUUGAUUCCCUACCUGCAGAGCUGUGCACAAAGAUAUUUAUCCUGCUGCAUCCCUCAAGGGCCGCAGUUUACAAUGAUAAGUUAAGCCCCCACCCUGAUAAAUCUUGACACUAAGCCGCACUCUCUGAUCCACCCAGAUAAGGACUGCAAGCUAAAUAUCCCUUCUCCCAUUGUACUUGCCCCCAUUCACUAGAAAGCCAGCUUUCAGAUGCUUGUCUUAACAAAAGUGAGGGAGGUGUGCAAGGUGGAAGAGAGUUCAUUACAUGAUGGAACAAGUUUCAGGAUACACACACGAGCCCAUGACUUGCCUGCUUGGUAUGCUGUUGAUUUGUUCAAUAGAACCCUCCUGUUGAUCCCAGUGGGACCUUUGAGUGGGCUGGGAGGCUGCUGGCGGAGCCAUCACUCCAGCAUAUAAUAUAUUUUAUUUGUUUGUUGCAUUUCUAUCACACCUUUUGUCUUGGAGUUUCUACCUCCCCCUGCCCCAGAAAGCACAGCCAGGGUGUUCUCUGAACUGUGGAGCCCUCUCCUCACAGAUUUGCUUCUGACACCUAAUUGAUUUAACUGAUUUACACUGUACUUUUAAAUAGUUGUAGCCCUGUCUGGGACCCCAUUGUAGAGGGCCAACAACAACAUAUCUAAAUGAACAACAGCUACAACUCCUCUUUCCUGGUGGGCCAGAGAAAGUUUUCAACAUUUAUGAAGUAGGCUUUGUGGGCUCGACAUUCAGCAGGGCCUUUUCUUUCUGCUGUAAGCAGCUUCACUCUUCUGUGGAGAAGCGACAACUCUGAUGCUGCGCAGUGUUGGGGAGCCUUGGAGUCCAACUAUGCAUUCCAGAAGGAGGGAAAGGAGGAGCACGAGAUGAAGGCAGUGAGCUUUCUCUGCUGCCCUAGGAAGUUACUUCAGGAGGCCUCUAUGUAGGACACCUCAAAAUGUGGGUUGCCUUUUGUGAUGUGCAGAGAAUAGGUCAGGACUGAUCAUCGCGUAUCGGAGAAUAGUCAAGUAGGCCUAACGAGCGGGAAUGUUUCUGACGGAGCUGCACUGCGGUUUAAAGGAUCUAUCUGUUACAUAAGCCCUCAGUUACAGGUUUGGGAACAAGAAACCAGAAGUUUGGAAACCAGAAGUUUUUGGUGGCAGCAGCAUCCUGGCCCAGUUGAGCAUGGCAGCCUCAUUAGGAGUCUGUUUGCUUUCAAGUUCGCAGUGGCAGCAUGACAUCCACAGAUUGGAAUUUAGCAGUGCGCAGUUUUCUGUGGACCUGCCCACAAAGUCUUUGAAAUUAUUCCCAAGUAAGAUAGCAAAAAACAGGGAAACAGGGAUGGGUUGACCCCAGAAGCUGUGAAUUUUGCAGGAUGCCUUGGCUGUCAGAUCACCUCCCUUCCUUGUCAAUAAAAUUAGGGCUGCUGUCCAUACUAAAUUCUAUAGUUCUACUCUGCCUGUGUGACAUGACCUGCAGCCAUGCCCAAAUGGUCUAGCUUGCUGUCAGCUAAUUCAAACAUGGCUCCUGGUACCUCGGUCCCCUGCUGCUCCAUGGACAGGUGUUGAAGAUAAAUGGGGCUAUCAAGUCUAGGGCAGGUCGUAGCCCCAGGAGCCGCCAAGUGGUGUUGGGUAGAGCCAUAGAUGUCAUGGGCCUUGCAGAGACUCUGGGCUGUCUCCUGAGAAAAGGGGGAGUCAAAGAAAUUAGAGGGCCAGGUAGGAUUGCAGAUAAACUCUAGCCACAAACAAAAUGUUCAGCCACUGCUUCCAAGCCACAGCUAAAAAGAUUAAUAUAAAUUGGCUAACAAUCACUUUCAAAUGCAGUUACUGCAGGCAGCACCUGGCACUCCCAGGCUCCCCAGCACCACUUCCUAGCCAGGUGUCACCCUUGACAGCACUUCUUUCAUCAUCGCCAGAACCUUUGAUUUGUAUGCCGCUUUUCCAUCGUUGAAACCUUGUUUGAGGCAGCUUACAACAUGAAAAGAUUUGCCUAAUUACAAAAAUAUAACAAAAGUAAUCACAGGCAAUGAAGAAAAAGCAUGUCAAAACAUACACCACCAAAUAAAGCAAUUGCCAUGUUGGUUACUGACUAACUUAAGUACUGGAAUCUCGUUUUGCAAGGGAUCCGGUUGUUGUGGUUGCAGUGUCUGUGUGUGCACAGCGGAAAAGGGGUGUCUUCAUUGCUGCUGCAAGCGGCCUUGCCUACUUGGAAAACCUGGCGUUCCUUAACGUUCUGCACAUGUGUCUAUAGCUGUGGUGGAUCUUCUGCAGGAGCUUACAGACAUCGACACCCUUCACGAAAGUGAGGAAGGAGCUGAGGUCCUCAUAGACGCGCUGGUGAGUAGCCCCUUCUGGCCAGACCACCUGCCUGGCUGAGAGCCCCCUGUGGUUGGCUCUUGGCUUGCAUUUCCUUGUAACGCCAAGCCAGGAUUUUCUUACCAUGGCCAUACACAGCCAUCUGUUUGGUUGCGACUAUUGAGAGAUGAACAGUGCUUUCAAAGGCAAGCACUCAGCUUGAAAGAAGAGGGUCAGGGUGCAUUGCCAUUUGAUGUUCUCGUGAGAGCAUGCCAAAAGCCUCGCAGGGUGAGGCCAAGAACCCACCUAGUCCAGCAUCCUGGCCUCUCAGCCGACAGCUGGACCUGGUGGGCCCUGAGUGCAACACCCCUCUCCUCCCUCGUGAUCCCAAGCAACCUGGAAGGGAGCACAGCGUCUGAAUACGCUCUGAACAGCGGGCGGAGAAGCUCAACCAUUGUGUCUAGCAGCCAGGGAUACGCUUACCCUCUUUGAAAAAUGGUUUCUCCACGGGAAAUCCAGGGACAGAAAGGACUAAAUGGGAAUAUGAAUGAGAGGAGAGAAUAUCCUUAGUUAGAGACAGCCAUGCUUCUGAAUACCACUUACUGGAAACCACAGAAGGGAGAGGGCUGCUCUUGUUCUCAAUUCCUGCUUGUGGGUUUCCCUUUGGGGCAUCUGGCUGGCCCCUGUGAGAACAGGAUGCUGGGCUAGGUGGUCCAUUGGCCUCAUCCAGAAGGCGCUUCUGAUGUUCUGACGUUCCCUUCUUCCUCCUAAACUUCCGUUUCUUCCCUGCUGAGCUCCCCUUCCACCUCUCUCUUCCAGCCCCUCUUGUUUCGCAGCAAGCGAUGGUAGGCAAAGCGGCUGACAUAAUUGAAGGGCGCUCCUCCACUGUGGGAAAUGCAUCCAUCCCCUAAUCAGAAGCUCGCCUUUCCCAGGUGCUUUUCCUGGGGAGAAUUCUUGAGUUUUUGCUGGCCAGAACUGCCGAGCUGAGCGGGCUGUAUGGGGCUGUGCUAGAAGGGAUGCCAGGCCAGCUGUCAGCGCUAGUGCGAACAUCUCAAUGUGAGCCUUUCCACCCUCCGUUUUGAGGGGAAGGGGUUGCUGCACUCGUGAAACACCUGGGCUGCUCUGCGGCCUUUUGGCUGCUCUGCGGGGGUGGAGAGGGCAGGGAGCUGUCAGUUUGGAAGAGCAGAGCAGCGGCUGCAAACUUCUCCCCCACAAUCUCUCCUGCCUCUCCGUUUGUGAUGUUACCUUCCAGAGGUUAAUUACCGUUGUCCCAAAUGAGUUCUUCUGGCUGGCCUCUGAGCUUUUUUAAUUACCGGCUCUUCGUUACAAGAGCCGGCCGAAUAAAUGAGAUGGCGAGGCUGGGUGGGGGUAGGGGGGGAGACCAGAAGUAGGUGCCGAGGCUGUGUUCUGAAUCUGUUGCGCAGAGAAGCAAUAAACCUGGACAAAAGCUCCUUUUGUGCCUGCUCCUUUCUUCCAAGCUUGCUGACAAUAGCCAGGUUUCGAGAGUGCUUUAUUGUCUACCUUGAGCGAAAUGGGUCACGGUUGACUUCUGAAUGACUCCCCUUUAUUUUACGGGAAUAAUUACUUUCUGGACAUUCGAGCCAAGGUCACUGGGUUGCCCGCUAACGUGAUUUCACACCCCACGAGUGUUGUUGUGUUCUGACAUCAAAUUGUGAGGGUGCUCUGGUCGGUGGAACUGGAUAGGGUAUCUUAACGGACCAUCUAGUCAGAUCUGCUGGAAGGGCAGGAGUUGGUCAUGCUCAGCUCUGUCCACAUGGUUAGAUUCCAGGGGAUGCUUUCUUGAACAAUUCUUGUGCCAGCAAAUCUUCAGGAUGGAGCAUCAAGGAAACUCAUUACUUACUGCAUUUAUUUAUUGAAUUUAUACCCCACCUUUUCCUCCAAGGAGCUCAAGGGGGUGGACAUGGUUCUCCCACCCUUCAUUUAAUCCCCACAACAACCCUGUGAGGUAGGUUAGACUGAGAGGCAGCGACUGGGCCAAGGUCACACCCAGGGAGCUUCAUGGAUGAGUGGGGAUUUGAGCCCUGGUAUCUGUCAGGAGUGCGUGCAGGAGCCAGGCCCUGGGACCAGUAGGGCUUUGCAGGACUGGGGCCUUCCUAAGUUUGUUCUGAAGAGCAAGGCACAGCCGCACAGGUGAGGCCGCUUGGUAACAUGGUGGCAAGAGCCGGGAAGGGAUAUAAGGUCCGCAUUUCCCUUUGGCUCUUUGCCACAGCAACAUGCUUCCUACCUUGCUGCGUUUGGCUUCUUGCUUCCUGAUCCUUGAACCAUGGCUUCUUGACUCCUUGCUUCUCGACCCUCGGACCCUUGACUUCGUGACUCCCUGCUUCCUGACCCUCUGACCCCUGGCUUCUGGACUCUCGUUCCUGCUCUCACCCCGCCAUCUUGCCCCCAGUCCCGACGUCCUCAGCUGGGACUUCAAUCGCCCGUAGACCGGACCUUGACAGUCUCCCAGGUCUUAGUCUGACACGAACCCCCACACCAUUACUGACUCUCCUUGCUUCAAGUCCAUCCUGUGGACUCCUACCCACCCAAGAACUCAGGGUCCUAUGGAUCAUCCUUGCGGAGCCUAAACACAUUGUGUUUAGGUUUUCCCACCCUAAUGUUCACCUGCAGGGCUGUCAGUGGCUCCUAGCCACAGUGGCUCUGCUAUUCCUCCACAGCUGGAGGCAGCAGAGCUUCUCAGUACCAGUUGUUGGAACUGCAGGAGGGGAGAGGGUUCUUGCGCUUGAAUCCCGCUUGUGGGUUUCCCACUGGGGCAUCUGGUCGGCCCCUGUGAGAGCAGGAUGCUGGGUAGAUGGGCCCCCUUUGGUCUACCCCAGCCGGCUCUUCUUACAUUCUUAAAUCCAGUAAAGAAUAGAAAUAAACAAUGAGAACCAGCUCAGUGAAAUCGGCUGCAGCAUAAUAGCAGAUGUCUUGGCUUGCGAAAUUGUGCUCAGAGUGAAUGUUGUUCGUGUCCAAAGAUAAUUUUAAUCAGAUAAAGUUGCCUUCAGCUGCAUUCGUUGUGUAGGCUACAUCAUAAAAGGCAGGGAGUGAUUGCUUGGUGUGUGUUCCCCUCCCUCCCCCUUUUGAAAAGGCGGCAUUUCUUCCCCAAGGCUUUCAUUAUGCGUAAUUGCUGGCCCUUGGAUUCUGCCCCAGCCCCUCAGCAGGCGAGCAGGACUGGAAUCCUGCUCCAUCCGCAACUGGCAAUUGCUUUCAAGGUUGACAGGCAGCUGAUGCCCAGUUGGGCUGUUCGCUUGGCACUUUGGAAUUCGGGGAGAUUAUAAGUCAAUCAAGGCAUGAUUUAGGGAAUAGCAGACUUGUGACAAGGUUCACAUUCUUCAGGUGUUUUUCGGUUGUGUCUGACGUAGGAAAGUUGUCCAAUUAAUUACGGGGGAAACACUGCAGUGGAGUUUAAGGGGGGGAGCUUUGAGAGCCAGCUUGUUCCAUUAUCAGAGCGCAUCUCACUGCAGUGCUGGUUGUAGUUAUAAUUAUUAUUAUGUUUUGACUUCUGAUUUUCCACCAACUCCUCAUUUUGCACUGAUUUCUGCCACCCCCACUCCCUUAGGAACCUCUCUCCUAACCUUUAUGUCUCCCUCUUUUGUGGCUCAGGUUGAUGGGCAGGUGGUUGCCUUGCUGGUCCAGAAUCUGGAGCGCUUGGAUGAAAGUGUCAAGGAGGAGGCAGAUGGUGUCCAUAACACUCUGGGUAAGGAGGGCUUGACGGGCAUCCUCUCAUCGUGGACCCAGUCGGCAAGGACACAGAUGUGUGUCACUGUUUUAUAACGUUCAUAGAGCUCCAUGUGGUGGAUCUCAUUUGAGAGCAGAUGUACCUGCUGAUGUUGGGGUCUGGGAGCAGGUCUUAGAGUGCAGCCAGGCCUUUAAAAUGUCGGCUGUGCUAUCUCUUAGCAGUAUAUUUGAAGGCAAUCAGCUGACUAAUAACUCCAUCGCUCACCUUGUUCCAUAGUGAGGGCUUCCACGUAACUUUAGGAAUUUAGGGACAUACCUUCAGCCAUCCAUUAUUGAGUGGAAAUAAUGAGUUGAGGUGUAUCUGCGACUACCCUGCUUUCCUUCAUACUGAUGUUUCCCUCGCAGCCGGGUGCUGGAAUCAGAUGACCAUCUAACCACCCUGUUUCCUUGGAGCAAUCUCUUAAAUCAGCUCCACCACAAUAUAAUGGCCAGCAGCCCCUCUGAAUCUGUCAUCUUCCACUCAGUUUUAAAAAAAGGUUGAUAUUUUGCUGACUAGAUAUACCUGUAGAGGAGAUAAGAGGGAAGGAAAAUGCCUGGAGACUUGGUGCUGCAGUCUGGGAAUCUGAAAUUCCUUCUGGGUGCAGUAGCUAUUGAGGUGUAGAUGUGGAUAGAUGAAAAUGGAGUUUUGCAGCUGGGGGAGUGGCGGCGGAUGCAGGAACUUGAGGUUCUCUCUCUCUGUGUGUAUGGAGAGUUCUUUACUUUAUUUGGAUGCUGGAAAAGGAAGUUGCUUCUCCCCAUAAACAGAGCAAGCAGCAGCCAAGAAAUGCCUUUUCCAGACACAGAAUCGCGCUUCCUGGGCGACAUUGCAAAGAAUGACCCUGAAGUAAUGGUCCUUGUGUCAGAGCUGGUUGGUUUGUCAACAGAGAAAAAAAUGCCACAAAAACAAAAGACCCUCUGCUGUGUAAGGCUUUUUACCAUUUCAAGAAGAGCAGCUGGUGGUUUAGGGUUUUUUUGGGGGGAGGGGGAGGGUGUGUGUGUUCAUAAUUAUGAAUUCUGGUUUAAGCCUGGAUAUUUAUUUCCUUUUUAAUUUUUGUUGAUUUAUUAACUACCCCAAAAGUGCAAUCUUAACGAGAUGAAACCCCUCCCCACACCAAGAAUCAAAAGUUUAAACCAUAAAGUGUCCCAGCUCCGGAGGCAAAUAGUUCAAAUAUAAAGAGUAACUCCAAAGAGGGAUAGUAAAGUAUUAAUGCAUACAGAGAUUCCCUUAACAAAUAAUAAAGAUUUAUAAAAUAUGAAAGUGUUCUUCAUCUGUGAGUUCCAUCCUAAUCGAGAAUAAAGUUUCUAUAUGGUAUUAAAUGAGCCAGAAAUUUGCAUGUACUGUGACAGCACUGAGUCACCAUUUGCCUUAAUAUCUGUAAAAGAAAUAAAACCGUGCCGUAUCUUUCUUUUUCUUACCUGUCCCUUCCCCGCCCUUCCUUCCAAAGCUAUCAUUGAGAACAUGGCAGAGUUCCGGCCAGAGAUGUGCUCAGACGCUGCCCAGCAGGGCCUCAUGCAGUGGCUCCUCAAGAGGCUGAAGGCAAGUCACCCAGGCCUCUCCUGAUUCAUGUGCCAGACACUGAUUUUAGCUCCUCUUGUCCUCCCUUUUUAUUGCUCCCCCUGGUUAGCUCUCAGUCAGUGGUGCAAGGAGGGAGCUGCAGCCCAAGACAGGUGUUUCCUUGCCAGCUCUUAUCCCACCUUCUUUAAAUGACUUCGGAUCUCCAGGGCCGGAUGAGCUGCACCGAAGGGUACUAAAGGAGCUUGCAGAUUUAUUCUCAGAGUCAAUGAUCUUUGAGAAUUCUUGGAGAACAGGCGGAGUCCCUGCAGACUGGAGGCAGGCAAAUGUUGUCCCCAUCUUUACAGAGGGGGAAAGACUUGGGUACCAUCGACUGACCGGUCAGCUUCACAUUGAUACCAUGAGAGGUCCUAGAACUUAGAUGUAUUCCGAAGCAGUGGUGCCUCCAACUGUGGAGGACAGAGCAGAGCCAUCGUGGCUAGGAGCCAUCGGCAGCCCUCUCUGAUUCCAUGAACUUGUCCAAUCCUCUUUGAAAGCCACCCGGGUUGGUUGCCAUCCCUGCCUCCAGUGGCAAGGAGUUCCAUAGUUUAACUCUGCGCUGUGUGAAGAAGUGCUUUCUUUUAGGAUGAGGAGGCAAAUGAAGGCAGUGUGCCCCUAGUCUGCGCUAUCCCUUGUCCUUCAUGCCUUUCCUUUCAGAUAAUCUGGCUGAACCAGGAAUGCUCAAGGGCCCAGUUUUUUGUUUGAGCAGAGCCAUUGUCCUUCCAUGUUCUCCUGCUCUCUGGCUGCCACAAGUCCCCUUGCGCACUCCUGUAAGGAAUAUACCGCCUGCUGCAGAAACCCAUAAAUGUUCCUCUUGUGACCCUAUGCACUUGUUAGCAGAAGCAAUUUGUAAUUUGCUGGUUGCAGGUGAUAACAGAACUUACGUUUUCUGCUCUCUCUCCUCCCCCCCCCCCAAGCCACUAUUCUAAUUUUAUUCUACUCAAGUCUGUCUUGAGCAUAAAACUGGUCUCUGCUUUGUAAUUAUCCUGCUAACUCAAUGUCUUAGAAACUGGGGCAUCUAGGAAUAGCAAUGCAGCUCCUCCAUUUCGAGGCACCACCGUCGCCUCGCCACCUUUAAAAUUCCCAGUCCUCGGUGCAGGAUCCACACCUUUCCCCUCUUACUUCCCACACUGGAGGGUUCCGCUGGGUUUGAUGAAAUGUGACCAGGUGGCAGAGACAUCCCAGUAUAGCGGAGGGUCAUUAAUGGGGAGCUUGCCUGUUCGUGGGGCAGUGAUCUGAUGAACUUCCCAGGGUUCUCCUCCCUGCUUGGAGAAAGGGAGAGUAAGAGGCGCCAUGAUAGAAUUGGAUAAAAUCAUGCAUGGCAUGGAGAAAGGUUUCCCUCCCUCUCCCAUGAUACAAGAACUCAUGGAUGUCCAGUGAAGCUGAAUUUUGGAAGGUUCAGGACAGACAAAAGAAAGCCCUCCUUCACACAGCCCAUAGUUAAGCGGUGGAACUCUCUGCCACUGGAGGCAGCCAUGGCGACCAACCUGGAAGGAUUUAAAAGAGGAUUAGACAAAUUCACAGAGGAAAUUCCUGGAAGCCACAGGAAGGCUGAGUGCUCUCCUGCUCGGAUCCUGCUCGCUGGUUUCCCCCAGUUGGCCUCCAUGAGAGAGCAGGGUGCUGGGCCUGAUCUAGCAGAUGCUCUCCUGACGCUCUCACCUGACGGGCUUCUCUGCUCUGACUCUUCCGACAGGCAAAGAUGCCCUUUGACGCCAACAAGCUCUACUGCAGCGAGGUCCUGGCCAUCCUUCUCCAGAAUAAGGACGGUGAGAGAGCUGACCUGGGCGGAUUGGUAUUCUGCUGGGCUGUGCCUCUGGCUUGUUUCAGAUCAUGACAGCUUCCGCACUCGCUCACUCCCUCUGUUUCCCUCCCCAUCGGUGCCUCGCGCCUCCUGCCUUUGGCUUCCCCUUCCUUCUGCUCACUCUCUGUCUCCUUCCCUCCUCUUUCUCUCCGCAGCUUCUGUACUCUGUCAAGCCAUAUUGAUUUUGUUUGCUGAUAUAUCGGUGUUAGAUGGCUGUAAAAUCUGACAGUUGGCUUCAUUCUCCCCCCUCCCUCUCUUCCUGUAGACAACAGGGAAUUGCUCGGGGAACUGGAUGGAAUCGAUGUGCUGCUUCAGCAGUUAUCUGUGAGUAAUUCGCUGCCAUCUUCCCUGCCAUUGGGAGCCCCAGAGCCAGGCUUUUAGAACCGGGGAGGAAGGGCAGGAGCAGAGAGCAGGUCCCAGCAGUGGCAACGGCAGGUGCUUCACAGCAUCUAUGCGCUUUGAGGCGCAUGCCUGCCAUCCUGAGAGGGGGCACGGCCCCAUUUGCUUGCUGCCAGCUUGGAUGACUUUAAAAGAACCAUUGUAGAGUUGGAAGGGGUCUAGUCCAACCUCUUGGGGCAUUCAUGGAGAAUUUGGUCACCAGGGGCUCCUUGUUGUUACUUGCUUUAUUUAUUUCAUUGCAUUUAUAAAGGUAAAGGGACCCCUGACCAUUAGGUCCAGUUGUGGCCGACUCUGGGGUUGCGGCGCUCAUCUAGCUUUACUGGCUGAGGGAGCCGGCGUACAGCUUCUGGGUCAUGUAGCCAGCAUGACUUAGCCACUUCUGGCGCACACAUGCAGCUGAUAUUUAUGAGGUUUUUUUGGGGGGUGUUGCUUUUCGGGGAGGGACGAGACAGACAGUAAAGCCUUCCGGCUUCCUCCCCACGCAGGUGUUCAAGCGCCACAACCCCGGUGCGGCAGAAGAGCAGGAGAUGAUGGAGAACCUCUUUGACUCCCUUUGCUCCUCGCUGAUGCUGAGCUCCAACCGGGACCGUUUCCUGAAAGGGGAGGGGCUGCAGCUGAUGAACCUCAUGCUCAGGUGAAAACCGGCAGACGUAAGACAUGGUGCAUGGCCGCUUGUUGCAAUGAGCCCUUCCUCCCCACAAUUCCUCCCCCCCCCCCCAAUAUAUCCAGGAGUUGGGUAUUAGUACUAGUAUUGUAUUCAUUUCGAUCCCUUCUUUUUCCCUGACCAGGGACUCAAGGCUGCUCACAGCUAAAACAGAAACAGAUAAAAACAUAGUGGGCAGAAAACAAUAAUUUAAAAACAAUUAAACAUUAACAGUAUGUACCUGUGUAUGUAUGCCCUAUUAGAAUAUACAGACCAUUACAAUAAAAACAGCAAAGGACCAGGCCUUUUGUUAAAAACAGUCAGUUCCCCAAAGCCUGUUGGAACAAGAAAGCCUUCAGCUCCCAGCAAAAGGACUACCUUCUCUAGGCAGGGAGUUCCAAAGUUUCCUGAUAGCAGCCACCACCGAGAAGGCCCCCUUCCCCAUCCCCACCAGGUGUGCCUGUGAAGGUGGCAGGGCUGAGAGAAGGGCCUCUGCCAAAGAUCUCAAAACCCGAGCAGGUUCAUACGGAAUAAUACGGUUCUUCAGAUGGACCUAAGCCAUAUAGGGCUUUAUAGGUCAGAACCAGCACUUUGAAUUGUGCUGGAAACUGACCGAUAGCUGGUGGAGCUGUUGUGACAAGGAGGAUAUCUUGAAAAGAGGAUUAGACAGCUGCAUGGAGGAGAGGGCGAUGGAGAGGCCGACUAGCCAGGAUGGGAUGCUUGAUGAUUCUGAAUACCAGCUGCCAGAAGCCACAGGAAGGGAGAGUUGCUUUGGAGCUCCAAUCCUACUUGUGCAUUUCGCAUUGGGGCGUCUGGUUGUCCACUGUGAGGACAGGAUGCUGGACUAGGUGGGCCAUUGGCCUCAUCCAGCAGAUGUUCUUCUUAAGUACUAGACUGAAGGCCUGUAUGGCACCCCGAGGUGUUGAUGGUGGUCACUGAAGGCUGCAGGCCCAUUUGGAGACGCCUCCCUCUGCCGCCAGCUCCUGCUCUCCCAGAGAUGUUUUCAUAUACAGCAGCAAAGGCAUCUGUGCAAACGGCUUGUGCUUUGGGGCGGGGUGUGUGUGUACUGGACUGAAGGCACCCCACAUGUGCCUGUAUUCGGAGCCUUACGGUGUCUGUGAGGGAGGUGGGUCUGAAUGGCAGCCCACUUCCUCUCGGCGUACACAAGACACACACUUCUCACGUUAGACUUCUUUGCCUUUUGCAUGUCCAAAAUUCACAGCUGGAAUCAAAGUGCUGCCAACCAGGCUUUGUGCUGGAGGCUUUUGCUGGCCGCUCAAUCAUUGUUUCUUGCCAGUCCCACAAGUGGCUAUGGACAGACAUUCUGUGGAGGUAGAUAAAAAGCUCUGCCUCCCUUUUUCUCCCCGCUCCCCCCUUCUGUUAACCCUGCUAAGAGUGAGCUUUUUUAAUGAAACAGCUUCCGGACCCUCCUCCCUUUUUUUCGUUCCCCCUUGCGUGCCCGAGUCCCAGCCUCGAUGCCUUCCUUGCCCCCUCUGGCAUCUAGCUCUCCUUGCCCAUCCCCAAACCGCGCCCUGCCCAGGGCUUCCUGCCUGCCCACCCGCUCGCUCGCUUUCCCUGGGUGGGCUGAGCGGCGCAGAGAGGCGGCUGGCAAGUGCUGGCUGGCAAGAAAUGAUCUAUUCCUGCAGACUAAGGCUGGUAAUGUGCAACGGCAGCAGCAGCAGGGAACUGAAUAAAUAACCAGGAACGUGGAUUAUUAUUCAGACCGGAGUGCUGAGUUUUCUUAAGGCUAAUUAAAGCAAAGCUGCAAAGCUCUGAAACCGUGAACAAGAGGGAGGCUUCUCUCUUCUCUCUCUCUCUCUCUCCCCCCCCCCCCGCCUCCUGGAUUUCCCGUCCUUUUCUCCUCUGAACGCUAAGCUUGCACGGCUAGCCUUGCAGAACUAAUCACCUGGAGUCCUUGAGCCAUAUGGGUGGGACCUUGCAUUUUAAUUUUUAAUUUUUUUUAAUGGCUUCCCUUCCUUUUUGGGUGGAGUGGGGAGGGGGCUGUGCUGUUCACCACCCUUCUCUUCCCUGGUACUAGCUGGCAAAUAACAACAAGGAGAAAAUGUCUCCCUGGACGCAGCUGCAUUUAAAAGGAGCUCUGAAGGGCAAAGCGUAAAUAAACCAGCAGCCCCAUCUGUUGCUGCUGCUGCUGUAGCACCUCUGCCUCCACCAUAGAAUGGGGUGGGACGUCUCUUUCCCUGAUAAGGAUGGCUAGGCAUGGGGGGGUCGUGCACAAGCCAGAAUGUGCAGCCAUUUCCCAUUGCUGUAUUCGUGAGCCUUCAGAUGGCACAGCAUCACGGCCUCCAAAUACUAAAGGCCAGGGCACAGCCAACAUGGUGCCUCCAUAUGCUGUAAAUUGCAGCUGCAUCAUACUUGGCCGUUGGCUGGGACUGACUGCAGUUGUAGCCCACAGAAACUGGACCAGAUUAAUGCAGUGUGGCGUACUUGGGGUUGCCCUUGAAGACGACUCUUGAAACUUCCAGCUGGUCCAAGAUGCAGCCAUCCGAUUCUUGGCUGGGUUGCCUUCAGAACCCCUGUAGCUGCGGUUCUGAGACAUUGGCAUUGGCUGCCAGUUUGUUGCCCCGUUCACUUCAAGGCACUCACUCUAGUGUUCAAAGCCCUAAGGGGCUAGGCCCCAGGUACCCUAGAGACCGCCUCCUUCCCUGCAAACCCUCUCGGGUGUUGAGAUCAGCAGAGAGAGCCCCAUUGUUAGUUCCAGCUCCCUCAGAAGUUUGGGGAGGGGUUAGUCUGGAAAGGCAUUCUCUGUGGCAGUCCCUAAAUUGUGGCGCUCCAUUCCCACAGAGGUGCAUCUGGCUUCUUCACUCUACAGCUUUUGGUGACUGCUGAAGAUGCACCUCUACUUGUGCCUUGGACACCUGAGAUGCGUGUUUUCAGGACCUACUCUUUUCCUGUAAUCUGUUUCAUUUUAAAUCUGAAUUUUAAAUGGUUGUGACCUGUCCUGGACCUGGUGAUGAAGGGCAGAUCAUCAUCAUCAUGGUAUAACUUGACCCAACCUCGCCUCCUCCUCAAACUCCACUAGCUUCAAUGAGAGGCUUUGCCACUGGCUAGAGGCGGACCUGGUGCAGCAAGAUGUGAGAAUCUGGACUUUAAAUCUUCCAUGUUCUAGAGGGGAAGGAAUUAAACUCCAGCAUAUGCCCUUCCCUUCAUGCCGGAGGAAUGGUCCGUAGGUUAGUGGUGAAAUGCAUGCUUGGCACACAGAAGGGCUCAGGUUAAAUCACUGGCGUCUCCAGCGGAAAGCAUCUUUGGCCGCUGGUCAUGGGCAGGAACCAUUUCUAGAUGGCCUAGGAGAGCUCCUCUCGCUUGCAGAAGACAGCUUGAUGAGUCUGACUCUGCACAAGAACAUAAGAGCCCUGCUGGAUCAGGCUGGGGCAUCCUGUUCCCACAGUGGCUAAUUCACAGGCAGGAUUUGAGCACAAGAACACCCCCCUCAAAGUGGUUUCCAGCAACUGGUAUUGCUGGAAUACCAGUUCCACUGGUUUUACUAACAUCUAGAGUGCACUGAGGUUGCUUGUUUCAGUGGCAAGAAAGCAAUGUUUUCUGGAGUGAAUGUGGAUCAUGUGAACUGAAGGGGGCCGGGGCAGUUAGGAGUGCCUCAUCCGUAUGGAGAUGGGGCACGUUCUCUCCGUGAAGGGCAAGGGGAGGCCGCUGGAAGGAGCUGCAUCAUUUUUGGUCCAAAUUUGAAGAGUCUGCAUGGGUGGCAUUCCUGUUUGCUUAUUCAGCAAGGGACGUGGGGAGGGCUUUUGCCCUCGGACCACCUUCCUGUAAAUUGAAUGUGUCCCACGCGAGGAGGAGAGAAGGCCAGGCCAGGGAGGAGGCGAGAUUGCUUGCUUGCAUGUGUGCACUCCGUUCCAUCAGUGGGGAGCGUAUUUGCCUUGGCUGCAAAUGAGCAAAUGCAGUUUGCAAGUUGGUGGCCUCCAACUGGAGGUUUAGAAAUGUCACAUCCAAUUAAGGUCUCUCCCCAAGCACAAUUCAAUUUCUUUCUCCAGAUUGGGAGCUGCCUGAGGCUUCCAGGAGAGAAAGUGAGGUGUCCUUCUGAGGCUUGCAGAGAGAGAGAGAGAGAGAGAGAAUCGCAUUGUCAAGUGCCUUGGGAGCAUUGGCACGAGACUUAUUACACCCCUUCUUGUGUGGAGGAGAAACCCUCCUUCUCUCAAGCAGCUGCCUGGGAAGGCCUCACCCUGUAUUUAUAGCAAGCAGGGAAUGAGCUUGUCUUGACUUUUAAGUGCCAGGAAACACAUAGGGGAAAUGGAGACACAUAUUGAGUGUGGGGGAGAAGGUUCGUAAAGCUUUUCUCGGCGGGGUGGGGUGGGGAGGCUCUCUUGCAAAGCCAUUUGUGGUGGCUUCCCUUGACCACCUUUGCUGGCUGCAAGAGGGCUGUGGGCCCAGUCAGGAAUAACGCAUGAAAGUCAGGAGUGCGUUUGCAUGCAGAACGCACUGCAGCAGCCCCUGCAAAAAUAUUUCAUUACGUCUCUUGUUUUCAUGUCACAUCAGCUCCUUGGAAACCCGAAAAUUAAUGUGUAUCUACUGAAAUUUCCUUUCAGCACAGCCUCACGCUGUGUUUAUCUAGCAGAAUCAGAGCCUCGCGCCACUGUUUCCUAAUGCGCACCCUUCUGCAAACAUCCUGCGAUAACAGUCCUUCGGUGAAGUGACUUUGGCUUCUGGUACCCUGCUUUGGGGGAGUUUCUUGGGGCCUUUUGUCUUCCUUCCUGACAGGGACAAGGAAGGGAGUUGCCCGAUGGACAGGGUUUGGCAGCAGUGCUUCUGAAGACCAGUUGCUGGAGGCCACAGGAGGGGAAAGGGCUGCUCUUGUGGUCGAAUCCUGCUUGUGGGUUUCCCAUAAUGGGCAUCUGGUUGGCCACUUGGAGGCUGGAUGGCAGAGGCCACUGGCUUGACUUAGUAAGCUCUUCAUAUGUUCUUGGUCAUUUGGCACCAAUGCCCUGUGGGUGCUUCUGAAGUCAUUCUUCCAUAGAUUGCCAGGAUUUCAAGGUAUCUGGGGAGGGAAGGAGGGGUUGGACCCAGCAGCUGCCGUUCUCCCGUCUCUAAUUCUGGAGGUUAGACUGCCACACAGGGGCUGCCCUUGACUCCUAACAGCUUCAGAGCAUGUAGCACACAGUCCACCAAGAGUGGUUUCUGGAUGCUUUUUGAAGCGCUCUUUGGACGGCCUCCUUCCUGGAACCCUCCACCACCAUUGCCAUCCCUGUGGCUGUCCUCUUCUCCAUCCUGGAGGCUGAUCUGCUUUCACUCUCCUGUCUGCUUGCACAACUUGUGACUCACCAAGCCAAAGGCAGCCCACUAGCUGCGCUUGGAGACCUGCUGGGUGCUUAAUAUAUCACCAUUUCUUUCAGUUUUGGACAUGUAGCAAAGCCAGGAGGUUUUCUGAGCCUUUUCAUGAGUUGUGCUUGGCCUGGUGGGUUUCCAGUGCCAGGAAGUUGUCAGUGCAAUGAGUUUGUUCCUGGUCUUUUUAAGGUCCAGGUCAGUCGCUCCUUUGGUGAGGCUCUCAGGCUGUGGUUUCUGAAUUAGUUCUCACCCAAGAGAGAUUUCAAUAAGCCCAAGAUGAGACUAAGAUAAACUGCUUGCCCUCUAGUAGAAUAAAUAUUUCAAAUAAAAUCAACCUGAGACAGUCCAGUCAAACAGCUAUUGAUCUCUACAAGCCUGAACUUAAACCCAAUGAAUAUUCCAGAGAUCAGCUCACUGCAACCUACCUAAAUGCUGAUCAAUAUGCAAUUACUUCCCCUGAAAAAGGAGUCCUGAAGUUCUCCAGCCGAACCUGAACUUUAUUUUUUAGCCUUUUAUUAUUGCCGCUUGCAAGGUGAAGGAGAGCUGGAAGUGGCAAGGGCAGGAGAGGGAGGAGGAGGUGAGCGGAUUACUUUCCACAGCAGGCUCCUUCCUGUAAGUGCUCUGUGCUGCCCUGCUGAGCACUCAAAAGGGUAGCCUGUGAAAUGGGUUCGUCUUACAGUGACGUUCUAUCCAAGCAUCAGCUCACUUGGCCUGCUCCACCGUACAAAGUUCGGAUUUCUUGGGUAGCUUUCUGUAUUGCUUUACAUUGUGCACCCCUUUGAGACAUCUUGUGAAAAGGGGUGUAGAAAUAUUCUUAAUAGAUGAAUCAGGGCAGGCUUCUAAUAAAGCAGCUGGCAAUAUGGUUGCACAUUUAAGUUGCAAUAAUUUACCUCUCGGAGUUAAGAUCUCAGAAGUGGCUUCACCUACAUUGAAGAAUUUUUGUUGGGAUAAAAUGGAGUCAUGGAGUGUGAUGUGUGAUCCUUCUCUAGGGUGCAAUUGUGAUUGGUUGGUUGGUUGGUUGGUUGCUUGGAUGGAUGGCCGUCUGCCAGGGAUUCUUUAGCUAUGAUUUCUGCGUUGCGGUGGGUUGGACUAGAUGACCCUUGGGUCCCUUCCAACUCUACAGUCAUAUGAUUCCGCAGACCUGCAGUCUAACACAUACUCUUUGUGCCAUCAUAUUUUGCAUUUCCCAGCCCCUCUUUUGCAUCAUUUGCAUCCCUGGCUGUGAAACACGUGGCAGAAAGGCACUCUGGGCAUGGGCAAGUUGGACAGCGCAUUAUGGAAGGGCAGUGGUGGUGGAAUUAAUCCUAAAGACACUGCUCUUUGCCGCUGCCGUGUGUGCAAUCUUAAUCCUGCUCCUCUUCCUCCUUAUGCCUUCUUGGCUUCCCUGGAGGCUUCCCUACACAGCACAGGGCAAACAGGAUGUCUGACGUCUGCCUCUGCCUUUGGCAACGCAGCCCUGUGUUCUGGGAUCAAGGAGGCAAGGAAUUGACCCUCCUUGGCUGGGCCCAGCGUGAGGCUGUGCUGGCCUUUUUAGCGUCGUGUUGGAAGGAGUUGGCUUCGACUUACAAGAAGCUGCCAAGAUUUGUUCAUCCUCUUUCUUCCCUUCCUCUCAUCUGCUCAUGUUCCAAUUCAAGCAUCUUGGUGGCUGUUCUUCUCUUUUGGUUUUGCUUUAGGAUUUUUGUUUCUCCAAAUCGGACGCCCGCCCCCGAACAAAUUGGGAGUUAUGCUUUGCUGAAUGGAGCUGUGUCGGCAAUCAAACGCCCGCUUCCUUGCAUUCUCUUUGUUGGCAUGAAUUUCAAACAUACGUCCGCAGUGGUAUUUUGCAGCAGCAUUUUGCGAAGUGCCUGUUUCAUUCCCUGCUGCUGGCAACAGCCAUGGAAAAAGGCAGAAAAUCCUGGCUGAUUUGCUUACUGGUGUUCUGCAUUCACAGGCCAAAAUGAGGGCUGAGUUCCAGCUUUGCUCUUGAACACAGGGAAGAAAAACACACAUACACCUAAAAUAAUUAAGUUGGUUGCUGGUAAACUAUUGUGGAUUGCUGGGUUCUGUGGGUGUGAGAGGAUGGCGUCCUAUAAAGGGCCACUUCACAUAUUGCAUGCUUUAAGCGUACGUUUGAAACGAAAAUGUGAAACGGAAUUGAGCAGGUGUAAGAGCCUGAAUGUGGCUUCUUCCUUUCCUCUAUUCCCCAUUUCUGCUUCCUUGCACACACAUGUAGCUGCCAUACAAGAAAUAUGAAACAUUAUUAGCGGAUCAAUAUGGCUAUGAGUAGGGAGUGCUUCCCCCCCUUGACAUAUCCAUUGCGCCUCAUCCCUCUUGCUAGUUACAGCUGUAAGAGGGGAGACCCAGUCCCCAUGUACGAAAGGUCAAUAAAACAACAAGAACACCUUGUGCGAAAUAAAUUUGCACUCAUGUUUCAAGUUUGAGAAUUAGACUGUAAUCGUGGCUGACUUCCAUCCUCCCCCGUACUGGGGAUACAGCUUACAGGAAUCUCUCUUGCCUUCAGAAAGGGAGGUCGUGUGCAAUUGACAAUCCAGGUUCUCUCGAAAGGUUAGCCUAGCCUUCCCUGACCUUGUGCCUUCCAGAUUCCGGCUAGGGCUGAUGGGAGUUGUAGACCAAGCCAUCUGGAUCGGGUAGCAGGUUGAGGAAAGCUGGAGUAGUGUACGAAAUCGAGCUUUGGAAUUUAAAGGGUUCCAACUCAGGCACUGAGAUGGUUGGGGGCUGUUCUGGUUUUCCAUAUACACAGUUGUACUUGGAACUGGGAGACAUGGGUCCCGUCUCCAUCAUGUGGUUGUUGUGCAGGCUUGGUCUAGUCACUCUCUCUGCUUCUGUUUCCACAUCUGUGAAAUGGGUAGAGCAUUGAUCCGCCCUAUGGUUGCAAGCACAAUGAAGACUGUAAAGCACUAAGUAAUAAUAAUAAUUUAUUAUUUAUACCCCGCCCAUCUGGCUGGGUUUCUCCAGCCACUCUGGGCGGCUUCCAACAGAAUAUUAAAAUACAGUGGUCUGUUAAACAUUAAAAGCUUCCUUAAACAGGGCUGCAUUCAGAUGUCUUCUUAAAGUCUGGUAGUUGUUUUACUCUUUGACACCUGGUGGGAGGCGUUCCACAGGGCGGGUGCCACUACUGAGAAGGCCCUCUGCCUGGUUCCCUGUAACUUGGCUUCUUGCAGCGAGGGAACCGCCAGAAGGCCCUCGGAGCUGGACCUCAGUGUCCAGGCUGAAUGAUGGGGGUGGAGACAACUCCUUCAGGUAUACUGGACCGAGACCGUUUAGGGCUUUAAAGGUCAGCACCAACACUUCGAAUUGUGCUCAGAAACGUACUGGGAGCCAGUGUAGGUCUUUCAAGACCAGUGUUACAUGGUCUCGGCGGCUGCUCCCAGUUGCCAGUCUAGCUGCCGCAUUCUGGAUUAGUUGUAGUUUCCGGGUCACCUUCAAAGGUAGCCCCACAUAGAGCGCAUGGCAGUAGUCCAAGCGGCAGAUAACCAGAGCAUGCACCACUCUGACAAGACCGUCUGGGGCAGGUAGGGUCUCAUCCUGUGUACCAGAUGGAGCUGGUAGACAGCUGCCCUGGACACAGAAUUGACCUGCGCCUCCAUGGACAGCUGUGAGUCCCAAAUGACUCCCAGGCUGCGCACCUGGUCCUACAGGGGCACAGUUACCCCAUUCAGGACCAGGGAGUCCCCCACACCUGCCUGCCUCCUGUCUGCCCAAAACAGUACUUCUGUCUUGUCAGGGUUCAAUCUCAAUCUGUUAGCCGCUAUCCAUCCUCCAAAUUGAAAGUGCCAAAUGAUGAUCAGUAGUGUUUUUAAACAGAGGUUGGGUGGCCAUCUGUCAGGGAUUCUUCAGCUGUGAUUCCUGCAUUGCAGGGGGUUGAACUUGCUUGCUCUUGGACAAAAAUACCGAAAUGGUGACAAAACUGAUUAUUAAGAUAGAACCAGUGACAAAGGAAACAGAAGCGGUGGAGGUCUUGAUGCAAGGGCUGGAGGAAAUUUUUUAGAAAAUUGUAUAUUGUGAUUGAUAUGAAGAAAUACCAGGAGACACUAAGGGCAUAUAUGGAUGGCAUGGGAGGUGGGCAGGAAAUAUUUGGGAAUGCCUUGGUGGCUGAAAUGAGGCAGAAAUUACAGCCUCUGAGACUAAGAGGAGACUGUGAGGAAGGUGAGCAGGAUUUUAAAUCAGACUUAACUGAUAGUCACCUUCCAGUGAAAUUUAAAUAUGCCAAAGUUAGGAAAAAGAUUGGGAAACGAUUAUUAUAUAUGUGCAAAAUAAAUUAAUUGAUACACUGACAGGCUCAGAUUACACACUUGCAAUCAGCAAAAUUUGGAUAAAAUUAGAAGAAGAAGAAUUGACGAAGUACAGUGGUACCUCGGGUUACAUACGCUUCAGGUUACAUACGCUUCAGGUUACAGACUCCACGAACCCAGAAAUAAUACCUCGGGUUAAGAACUUUGCUUCAGGAUGAGAACAGAAAUCGUGCUCCGGCAGCGCGGUGGCAGCAGGAGGCCCCAUUAGCUAAAGAGGUGCUUCAGGUUAAGAACAGUUUCAGGUUAAGAAUGGACCUCCAGAACGAAUUAAGUACUUAACCUGAGGUACCACUGUAUGCGUAAGGAAAUGCAGAAGAAUUUUGUUAGAAUCAGAAGAAGAACUGAUGAAGUAUGUGUAUGAAAAUGCAGAAUUUUGUUAAUAUAAGGAACCAGAAGAGAGAAUGGAGAGAAGUCAUGAGGUCUAAAGAACAUCAAAGAUAAGGUUUUGAAAUGUUUUUGGGGAUGGGGGGCAUUUUUGUUUUUGUUUUUUGUGGUUAAUUGUGGAAAUUAACUUGAAAAAAACCAAUAAAAUUAUUUACCCAAAAAAAGAACUUGAUUGAUCUUGGGGCUCCCUUCCGACUUGCAGAUUUCUGAUUCUAACUGUGUGAAAGGCUUUUAACUGGAUUGGUUUCUUGCCUACUGAGGUGCAAGCAAGUUUCUCAUUCAUUGGUGCUUACUUAUGCGGUGGACCUAAAAGAGCAAGUGUGCCCUUUUGCAGUUGGUGCAAGAGGAAAGGAGGCAGAGAAGUUCGCUGUGUCUCAAUGGCCAACCCAAAGUAGAGAGUGCUCCGAUCCUCUCUUUUCUGCGGACUAAGACUGAACUUUGCUGCUUGUUCAUCAUUGUGUGCAGCCUCAUCCUACUGGCGGAGGAAAACCUUCCGUAUCUUGUGGCAAAGUGCAUUGCCCAGUUCACUGACAAAAGUCCUUCUGCUUCUACAGAGAGAAGAAAAUCUCCCGGAGCAGUGCCCUGAAGGUUUUGGACCACGCCAUGAUUGGGCCCGAGGGAGCAGACAACUGCCACAAGUUUGUUGACAUCCUCGGCCUUCGGACCAUCUUUCCGCUCUUCAUGAAGUCCCCCAAGAAAAUAAAGAAGGUUGGGACCUCCGAGAAGGAGCACGAAGGUAGGAUUUAAUCCCACACAGGCUGCCUUGCUGACCAUGAACCCUUCGCCAGCCUCAUAGUUUGCAGUGCAGCCUCAAUAGACUUGCGCAGCCAGGAAGCGCUUGUAAGGCUGAGUCGCUUGCCAGCGUCUCCUCCUCUCUGGCUGCUACCAGCAUGGCGGUUAAUUAGCUCCUGCAUAUGUGCAUGUGAGCCUGCCGUUUGAAGCUGUCUCUUUGAUGCCAGGCUCUUUUGAAAAGAGUAAUGAGCCAACUGCAAAUGUCACCUCCAAAGCCGUGUUUUUUCCUGGCUCCGCGCACUGAAGUGUGACGUGAACAUCAGGCGUCGCAGGCACAAACUGCUUGUGACUCUCCUGUGUUCCCCCUCCACCCCUUUCUCGGUUUCCUUCCACCACCCAGCCGCUCGCUCCCUGGAGGAGAUCCAGAAUCCCCACCAACCUGAUCUGCCGCUGGUCUCGGCGUUGUCGCUGCCGCUAGGGCCAAGGGGUGGAGAUGCUGGCAGGAAAGGCUGACCCUCCUGUGGCAGGCAGUGGCGAAUGAAAAUGACUCACCACUGAGUAGUGAGGAUUAUCUAUUAAACACACACACACACCAGGUAGACAGUAUUAUUUGUUGCACUGAAAAAACAAGUGCUGCGAAAACCACAGCGGAAUGCACAUUCCAAAUGGAGAGAUGGGGUGUCUUGUCCCCACCCUCCUUACUUCUCCAGAGCAGAACAUAAGUGGAGAGACGUGUGUUUUUUUCUGCCUGCUGGAAAAGGAGAGGGCAGAAGCCUGUGCUGUGCUGUUGAGAAGAUUGCACUUGGGGGCGAGGGGCGGCGGGUGUGGGUGUGACUGGUUCAGCGAGCAGCUGUUUCCCUGCUGAAAAAUGUGCCAGUGGGUGAGCUGGUAACAGAACAUUUGCUUUAGAGCACCAGCAUUAGGAACGCGAUAACGUUAUAUUAAUGAAGGCAAUGGGUUGGCAAGACACGUUUUCACAGGGCUUGUAAUAGCUGCCCAGUUGAGCUCCUGCGCCUAGGAUUCUCCGCUGGGAACGGGUGCAGAGAGGACUCAAGGCAGAGCACCAGGAGGCUUUGGAAAGCUGCCAUCAUGGAUGGUACCUUUGGGGUGGGAAGGGGAGGGAGGCCUGCUUUCCACACAGAGGCAGCCAAUUCUGUAUGGCAAAGUGGAGUUUUCACUUCCUUCUGAGAUGGGGUGGGAUAGAACCACGGGAGACUUGGCAGGGGUACAGCUUUCCUUGCACCCAGCAUGCAGUUCACCACCCUGGUUGGUGAAAGAGGGCGUCCAAUGGGUGAAAGUUGUUACAGGGGAGAAUGGGUUGGUUUUGUUUCCCAGUCCCUGCCUGUCUCUUAAGGUUCCCAGGAAUAAUAAUAAUAAGAAGAAGAAGAAGAAGAAGAAGCAGGGCAGGAUUCACAGAAAUCAGGAGUGGACUUGAUAGACUUAAAAUAGUAGAUUUUUUUUAAUUUACUUUUUGGUGGGUUCAAUUUUCUUUGUUUUGCAUCGCUGGGCAGGUGAGUUGUUGAGAUUGUAGCAAUUCCAGUUAAUAGAGAUGUUUAACCGGCCUCCCUAGAGCUUGGCUGGCCAUUACACUGAUGGAGGAGUGUGUGUCUGUGUACGUGUGUGUUUGUGUGUGGUGCAGCAGUUUCACAUCCUUCCCAAGCCAUGCUAGAUUUCUCCUUGUGCUCAGACAACCCAGCAGGGCUAUAGGCACAGAUGGCCUGAGAGUGUCUCUAGGUCUAGUCAUUUCUGAAUCUGAAUCCUGUGCCCCACACGAGCCACUGCUGGGCCAUCGUUUUCUUUUCUUUUUUUAAAAUGAUAUUUAUUGAGAAUUUUAAAGUUACAAAGAAAAAAGAAGGAAAAAUAAGAAAAAGAGAAAAAGAAAGAAAAGAAUAGAUAAAAGUAACAAUUAAACAAUACAAAUCAAUAAAAACCAAAAUCAAAAAGAAAAAACAAAACACACAAUGCAACACAAUUAAAAAACUAAAAUAUACAACAAAUUUAAAAACAAAUCCAAUAUUCCCAAAUCCUUAACUUUCAUUAACUUAUUUCAUCGACCUCCUCACACCUCCCUUUUUUGUAUUCUAGUUGUUAAUUAUCUCAGCAAAUCCUUUCCAUCUUUCACAAUAUUCUGUCAUUAAAUUACCUUGAUCUAUUUUAACCUUAUCUUACCAUAAAAAACCUUAAAACUUAAAACUUAAAUCUUAUUUAUACCGAAUUCUUUUAACCAUAACAUAUUCUUACAUAAUUCUUUUUAACAUUUCUGCUAAAGCCAAUUAAUUUCAUUCCAACAUUUUUCUGAUACUCAUUAAUUUUGCAAUACUUUUCUAAAUAAAUUUUUAAAACUUUCUUCCAAUCUUCAUCCAUCGUCUCUUCUCCUGGUCUCGGGUUUUGUCAGUCCUUUCUAUCCCAUCCAUCUAGUCCAUCAACCUGGUGACCUUAUAUCCGAGGCUCUUAAGUCUUUUCCAUGUCCCUUCCGCAGGUCUUCUUCAUGUUUAUACCUGUACUUUACUUUGUCUUCUGCUCCUUUCACUCUGGGAGACUCCAACUUGACAAUAUUUUUGUCCCUUCUCGACAAGUCAGCCCCUUUUCCAUAGUCAACACUGAAAUCCAUGUGGUAUUUAAAGGCAUGUUUCAAGGCCCCUCCAAAAUUAGGGGCCCCCACAACUCCGAGCUCCCCCCGGCCUAAAGCCAGACUUGAAAAAUCAAAACAUCUCUGCAUAGGGGGGUCCAUCCAGCCCCCCAUCUCCAAACCAAGCAGAACUCCGUCUCUCCAAAUCUGACUUUUUCCAGGUUCAUUCAUCAAAUCCAACGACUCAUGUUCCUGCUGGGCCACAGCUCCCUCCAUCUCUGCCACCCGAGGUCCAGCAACAGCCUCCUCCCUCAUCUCAUCUGUCAAAGCACAUUCCUGGGUUAAUUCCUGAGUGGGUUCUAUAUAGGUACCCACUGCCUGUCCAAAAUUUCCUAUCGCAACUGUCAUCAAAUCCAUUUUCUCAUGUAACUGUUCCAAUAAAGCACUUGUCUUGCAAAAGGCAAGCACCAGAGGCUCUGAGCACAUUCUUGUUCUAGGUCGAAGUCUGGUCCCACGAUCUUAAUCUUUUACAGCUGCAAAACUCCCCAGUUCGACUUUAAUAACAGUUUCACAAGCUCCCUCUAGGGGAAACAAUUUCUAUUUGUAUCCAUCUUUUUUCCCUUUUUUUUUUAAAGGCAGAUUUAGCAACAAAGUUUUCCUUUUUCGGAUAUUUUGUCAAUAUUUUGUUCCUUUUAAAAGCGAAAGGGAACAAUGGAAUCAAUAUGUUUCUGUUCUUUUAACUAUCUGUCAAAGACGUUUGUCCAUAGUCAAUGAGCUUCUCCAAAACGUCUGUCUUGACACCCCGCUCCCAGGUUCAAGACGGUGGAAAAUUACCUUUCUUUACUCUCUCUUCUGCAGGUUUAAACAGUCUAAAAAAAGUUUCCCCCUCUUCUCCUGCUUCCAAGGGGGGUUCAGUAAUUUUAAAUGAUGAAAAUUUAGUCCUUUACAAACGACUUUCUGAACUCUAGCUUGCCGUGUCUUUGCUUCAAUCUAUCUACAAAAGCGGAAGGCGGACUUCCUGUUUAGACCUUCCCGCUUUCGGUGCCUAAUUAAGAAAUUUCACAGUCCAAUUUUCCGUUCUACUCACGGGCAGUUGUUUGAAAUCCAAUUGUCCACAGGAAAAAGUCAGCGCUCUCUGGCAACAGCAAUGCGGCUUCACUCCGUGAAAGAAGCAGUCGAUUCAAAGCACUGCGCCACUCACCCCACAUCGCUCCGGAUCCCCAAAACCGGGUUUCCCCGUGAGUGGAGGGGGUGCAAAGGUGCCAGCCGAAUCCCACGUCCACAGGCUUCUCCCGCCUGUGGUUUUUGAUGGGUCUCCACCUCGCCGUGGCGGUUCAGACCCUGUUUUCCACGGAGCGGGUUCCUCCCGAUCGGAGGAAGUCCGCCAUUGCCAGAGGCGCCAACCCGGAAGUCUCUGGUGGGCCAUCGUUUUCACCUGGGCCCUAUAUUUACAGCUGGACCAUCUUCAACUCAGUUGAUGUAAGCAAUGGAUGCAGAGCUUGCCCCCUGCUUUGUAUGCGAUCCUGUAGUGUCCACAAACUAUUUCAGUCUUUAAAAGUUUCAGUGGCACCUCGGGUUACGUACCGUCCUCCUUACAAACGCUUCGGGUAAUGAGCUCCGCUAUCCUGGAAGUAGAUGCUGCUGGUUAUGAACUUUGCCCCAGGAUGCAAGUUGAAGUCGCGCGGUGGCAGCAGCGGAAGGCCCCAUUAGUGCAAGCGCACCUCAUGUUAAGAACAGUUUCGGGUUAAGAACGGACCUCCGGAACGAAUUAAGUACGUAACGGGAGGUAACACUGUAUAGAACUAACGCUGGAUGUUUGGGGGUCAGCGCAGCAUAGUAGUUGAGAAAGAGCAAUCUAUCAGAACAGUGCCCAUUUUGGGAAGGCAAAACUCUGAAUUCUCUGGAGCUGUUAACCCCGGUUGAUAGAUGCGACCCCCUUGUACACUGUAACAGUGAAUGGAACGGCCCUAGUGAAAUCGGGGGGGGGGGCAUGAAAAGGAAGGCUAAUUGGGCUACAGUACUAGCAUAUUUACAAGCUCAAACCAGCUGGCCAUCAAGCCCAAUGUUAUCCUGCCUCCAACAGAUGUCACUCAGAGAGCCCUCCGUGCUGAUUAGAGACCUCUGGGCUCAGUUUGUCCCUUGGCGUGUCCAUCAACUUAACCGCUUUGGUCUGCUCUCAUCUGUCCUCGUCAGAGUUACUGUAUGGCGCAGCCCACAAAAUCUCCCUCCCUCACAGACCCCCAUACCCUCCCGGGCAGCAUCUUCAAAAGACCAGCUGCAGGAUUCUUGCAUACAAGAUCUCAUGUCACUGUCUCCUCCACUCCCAAAGAUCCACCAGGACCUUCCUCUUGCAUUCUUGACGGUAUAUGCUUGCAAAGGCAGGUGUCCUGGUUUACCCAGGGAUUCCUGCUGGGCUGCAUGCUAUAAUGAACCUCAUGGGUGUUAGGAAACACCCAAAAUUCAGAGGACGUUGCUAAAGAACAGAAUGCAGCACCUUUUCCCUCUUCUAGCAGCGGCCUCUUCAUUGCCUCCUUCCUCCUAUGUCGUCUUUCUGUUCUUCUCGUACAGAAUUUAAGAUCUUAAGUCACCCUGAGUCAUGCUCAAACUGUGCUUUUGGCACCACCCUGGUCUGAAAAGUUGGUAAACAGGUGGUUACUGAGAAAAGACAUGGUACAGCUAUGCUAAAGGGUACUCAGAGUCAGUACUUGCUCUUAUUGUUGAAGCCUUAGUCUUGGAAAGGAAUUGGUCUGCGUUGGUGGUCCUUGAUGAAUGAAUGGCAGCUCGAUAGGAUUUUGUGUCUAUAAAAUCAGCUAGCAACACCGCCCGCUUUUAAGGCCAUUAUUAUGAAGAUUUCUCACCUGCCCUUCACCCUAAGGCCUGAGAGCAGAUAGCAGCAAUUUUUUAAAAAUGCCGUAUUAAAAACAGUUCAAAACUAAUUACAAUCACAAGAAUAGGCUGGCUCCUAAAAACACAAAUCCUCGGCUGUUGGAGGCCAUUGUAAAGAGGUCAUCCUCAGCAUCUGCCGGGAAUUUAUAUGAUGUGGGGUGGGUGCUCUGGUCUUUCAGGUAUUUGGAGCCUGAGAUGUUUAGGGCUUUAAACCCCAACGUGGGCAUCUUGAAUCUGGCAUUGCUCCUUAUCGCAGUUCCUCUUCGCAGUCAGCUUUUCCUGCUUAAUCAGAGCCUUUGGGAUAGCACCUGCGUGCAACACCUAGCUGGACCCCGAGAGGUGCAAAAUCUUCCAUGUGUUAGGCACCUGUUUGUGGGUAUACGUGCCACCUACCCUUCUGAGCCAGAAAUCUCCAAAGAGGAUUUUUUUUCCUGCCAGACUAUAAAGCCUUAAACACUCAAUGCCAUUUAAAUUAAAGAAUGGCAUUAAGCUGUUCACUAACAGGCACUUUGUGUUAAACAAGGAUUAAAAUGUGUGUCUUGAUGGUUUUUGGUGGUGUUUACAAAAUCUCACCACUGAGCUUGGAUCUACUUCGCUUCGAAAUUCCUCCAGCAUCCCUGCCGGCUCUAAACACCUCUCCCCACCCCUCCACGGGCCCAGUGUUCAUCCAGCCCCUGUGCCCACAUCCUCCACGCUUAGGGACCUGCGCGGUGUGAUUCUGCAAAAUGCAGAAUUUGAAAGCGGACCCAGAAAUCGGCACCCGAAAGAAAACUCUGCUUCAGAACAGCCGCUUGAUGUUUUUGAAAGCCUGUUCCCAGGAGCUGCGGCAAAGUGCAGGCAGAGAAUACCUUGCAGAAAUCAGAGCGUGAUGGGGAAGAGGGGGCAGGUGAGGAAAGGAAAAAAGAAGAAAUGAGGUAGGUCAGCUGAGCAGCAAGAUCUGGCAUCAGCGGGGGGAGGGAUGUCUCUUCCAUGCUGCUCAGAGCUAUUCUCCCUACCCUUGGACCAGUCGAAGCAGAAACUAUUCUUUCAAACGAACAAAAAAUAUACACCUGCUUUUGCUUCAAGGCGCGUGCUUUCUGCAGGUUACAGAAAGCUGGCUUUUCUUGGUGCGUAAUUUGAGCGCUGCAAGGGAUGUUGACCAGGCCAGGCCUUUAGUCCAGCUAAGCCUAUUAGUGUCUGUUCUCACCACCAGCAGCUCUCCAGGAUCUCAGGCUCAGAGGGGCUUGGCUGUCCCUGCUUACUGGAGAUGCUUGAGGUUCUGGACUUAAGACAGUAAGGCAAGACCUUCAGCCAUCGACCUCUGGCCCUUGCAUGCUUCCUUAAAAUACAUUUCAGCGUGGAGCAAGAACGUAAGAAGUGCCUCCUGGCUCAAGCCAAUGGCCCAUCUAGUCCAGCAUCUUGUUCUCACAGUGGCUGACCAGAUGCCUCAAUGGGAAACCAGCAAGCAAGAACCUCCUGCGGUUUCCAUCAGCUAGGAUUCAGAAGCAUUGCUGGCUCCAGCUGGGGAGGCAGAGCAGAGCCAUCAGGGUUAGGAGCCACCCAUAGCCCUCUCCUCCCCCAUGAACUUGUCUCAUCCUCUUUUAAAGCCAUCCAUAGUUUUAUCUAUGCAAUGUGUGAAGAAGGACCUUCAUUUCUCAGUCCUGAAUCUUCCAACAUUCAGCUUCUUUGGAUGCCCACGAGUUAGGAGAGGGAGAGAAAAUAUUUUCCCUAUCCAGUUUCUCCAUGCUGUGCAAUAAUGUCACCUUUCCUCUAAACUGAAAAAUCGCAAACGUUGCAGCCUUUCUCCACCCCCUUGAUCAUUUUGGUUUCUCUUUUCUGAACCUUUCCCAAACUCUGCCUCUCCUUUCUACUGCUUUCUGCAUCUGACUUUGCUUCAGAGAUGGCUUCUGGUUCUUUCCCUCCUUUUUAACCUUCUGCUCAGAUUCGGGUCUCACUUUCUCAAGGGCCGGGAUUUGGAGUUUGGGAAGUACCUGAAAUGCCAGACCGUAGCAGAAGUGCUUGUGUCUCAAAGAGCAUUUCCUCAAGCUUGCCUUGGAUAGCAGCGAUGCACCUUGAGUCUUGUUCAGGUUCAGUGUCCGGCUGAGCCCAAGCACUGGAGGGAAAGAGCGGCCAGUUAUUGAAGAUGGCCCACCAGCUCCAGCCUUUUUCAGUGCACCAACUGUCACCUGCAUGAGUUGGAUUGGAAGCAGGUCCAAGAGCCUGUAGUGGAAAGAAAUGGCUUGUGUAAGGUCGGUGGAAGAAGGGCAGCAGUUCUGGGGUUGAACACUUGCAGAGAAUGAUGAACUAAUGGAGAACAGUGUGUGUGUGUGUGAGAGAGAGAGAGGGGGGGGAGCAAUUGCAAUUCUAUACCCUGGUGGGAUUUCACAAAGUCAUCAUCAACCAUGGUGAUUUCCAUUAGGCUCUUGGAAACUGUAAUAUUUGCUGCUGCAAACUUCAUAAAAAUAGCGCCACUGGGAACUGAAGUCUGGAACUAGCUUUACUUUCUUAUUAGCAGUGUUUGUGUUUGUUUCUGAGGUAAUAAGUGCAGCACCGAGAUCAGACUCUGUAAGUCUCCCUAUAUCUGUGUUGCUAUGCAAGCAUGAUAUUACCAUCCAUACAUUAAAAUCAGCAUCUGGGAGACCGAGGUUCAAAUCCCCACUCACCCGCUGGGGUGCCUUGGACCAGUCACUGCCGCUCAGCAUAACCUACCUCGCAGGAUUGUUGUGGGGAUUAAGUAAAGAGGGGAACUGCUGUUCGCAACGUUGAGCUUAGGUGGAAAGGUGGGGUGUCAAGGCAAUACAUAAUUUGAGUGUGGAAAUGUUUCUGUUUGAGGCAGUUGUUUCUGUGUGGGUUAGUGCUUUGGGGUUUGCAUUUGGGUCUGUACAGAGUAUUGAACUUCGAAAGUUCAUGUCCUUGGCAGAAGGGCUACAAAACACAGUGGGUAGACUCCAUUGGGUGUUUGUGUGUAUGUGUGGAGAGAGCUAAUUGCAAUCCCUGGCCCCUCCAGCUGAAAGGAUCCAAUUCAGCCAGGACUGAACAAGACCAUGUAGAACCACUUCCAUUUAGAAAAGGCAGGAGAGGAAUAGACGGGAAGAAUCGUCCGGUUCCUGGAGUAGCUCCUUCAGCUUCACCUCCAUUGUUUUCGGGCCUAGGGAGGUGAUUAUCAUCUCUCAUGAGUGUCUCUUUCCCCCAAAUGAAAAACAAUAGCCUCCCUUUGCAGAGAUGUGAGGUUGCAAACAUCCAACUAUGCAGCGGCCUUGAGGUCUAAAGGCACAUCCUCAUGAAAGGCUAAUGCAGAAGCAAACUUGGAACUUCUUUUGUCCAUGGUCUUGAGAUCCUGAAACAGACACUUCUUAUCUCUGCUUAGGAGAACAGGUAGCUGCCGUGUUGCAGGUCAGACUAUUUCUCCAUCCAUUCCUGCCUUGUCUACUCUGGCCAGCAGCAGCUGCUCUUGCCGGUGGUCUCUCUGCCUUUCUUUCCCAUCACCUGUUUUCCAAUUCUUUUAACUGCAGACACUGCCAGGAAAUGAACCUGGAACCUUCUGCAUGCAAAGCGCUGUCACUAGGCUGUGGCUCCUCCCUUGCAAAAUUCUUGAUCUUUGCACUCCACAUUCUUAUCCAGCGCCAUCCCCCCAACUCUUUGCCUGCCCUUCCCUUGUGCAGGAGACCUUCCUGGCAGCUGGUGCCCAGAGCAGAUACCUGGGCGGGGCGGGGCUUGCCUGGGGCGGGAAGGAGGACACGUCCUUGGGCCGAAGCGGCAGCCAGCCAGACGUUUUGCAAGCCCUGCGUGUGGCACACGUCUCCUUGUCCGCCUUUAUGGCCCAUUAACUCAGAAGUCUAAUUACGCCAGCUGAGAUGACAACCUUCCUGAAACGCUUUGCCAGUGAAAAAUGUGUUGGUUGCAUCUGCUUGUGACGCACACGCUCCCAGGGCAAAUUUCCCCAGAAGGGAGGGGGCACCUUAAGUGCUAAGCGGAGGACGAUGUCUUACAAAAGCAGGUCUGCUGGCAGCAGCUCACAAGGGGGCGCUUUCCUGGAUGUUGCUGCAGAUAAUUAGCUGUUCCCGUGAUGACCCCUUGGUUCUUUCUCUGAGUCAGAUCCAAUGCGCGCAGAGGAGCACACCUGUCCAGCAGGUGGAUCAAAUCCAAACAUGGUUUGCCUGUCAAGGUAAUAGAACUGUAGAGCUGGAAGGAACCCCAAGGGUCAUCUAGUCCAACCCCCUGAAACACAGGAACCACUGCAAAAGACUCCGUGACAGAUGGCCACCCGACCUCUGUUUAAAAAAACCCAUAUGAAGAAGAGCUUGCCAACUUCUCCGUUCCACAGUCAAAGGCUCUUACUGUCAGAAAGCUCUCCUUGGUGUUUAAUUGGAAUCUCCUUUUUUUGUAACUUGAAGCCAUUGGUCCAGAUCCCACCCUGUGGAGCAACAGAAGACACUCUUGCUCCACAGAUGACCCCUGGAGCCCCCAACAACCCUACCAUUCUGUGACAGCCCAAGGGCAGAGAGAUGGUGUUGCCCUUAAGGGAUGGGGCGUCUUUUUCACCUGCCCGGAGUUUUAUGAAGGCAGUACAGCUCCCACGGCAGAUGUCUCCAUGGGCAGAGAGGAGCCCCACUUGGAAGGCAGGGUGGCAGUGCCUUUUCCUCCCUAUCCUGGAGCUCCCACAAGGGGUGCCCACCCUGGCAUCACACUCGACAAGAUGGAACGCAACUGAGCCCUCCUCCACUUCAUGUCGGAUUAUGUGUAGAAUAACAUUGAUCCUCUUAGCCAAAGCUCUUCCCCCAACUGCCGGCAUGUAUUAUUUCAUCAAGGUGGCUUGGGCAGCUUUCCUUUUGUUACAGAAUUCCAUGGGCCCUCAUUAAAGUAUAUUACAGGGGAGAAAUUUUAAAGCUAUUUAUCUCUGGGAAGUUUAUGGUGCGGUAUCAAUGCCUCACAAUGGAACAAUUUCUGCAGAACUCUUAAUUCUCCUGUUUGCCACCAUACCACUUAGAUUUUUAAUACUUUAAUGAGAAAUACUUUUCUGUAAGUAGCAGUGCAUAGUUAAAACUGUGGAACUCCCUCCCACAGGAAGCAGUGAGGGCCACCAACCUAGAAGGCUUUUAAAGAGGAUUAGACAAAUUCUUGCAGGAGAGGGCUGUUAAUGUCUCCUAGCUACAAUGGCUAUGCUGUGACUCCACUGUCAGAGGCAGUGAUGCUAAAACCCUACUUGAGGGUUUCCCAUAUAGGCAUCUGGUUGGCCACUGUGAGAACAGGAUCCUGGCCUAGAAGAGCCAUUGGCCUGAUCCAGCAGAUGCUCUUUGCAUGUUCUUUGCAAGUUCUUCUGGAGAGGUUUUGUGAAGAAAGGGGAUGACUGACACCUCGAGGCUCCUAGUCCCCGCAGGCCGUUCUGGGAUAGGCCGAAAGUGUUCAAGGUUUUUACCAAGUCCUGUUUCUUCUAUAGAUUUUUUCAAAAAAAUUCCACGAUACGUUAUCAAAGGCCUUCUCCGCAUCUAUUAUGACCUAGUUGAGAUUCCUGCAUUGCAGGGGGUUGGGCUAGAUGACCCUCGGGGUCCCUUGGUCUCUGAUUCAGGAGGCCUGAGCUAGGUCUUUUGACACCCAGAACCGACUCGGCUGCCUCUUUUCCAGCCUCCGGGUUACAAGUGAGCACACCGGCAUGGGAAGGAUCUCUGCUAGGACCCCCCCCCCACCUGCUCCAUCCAGACAAAGCAGCCAAUUUUUCCUCCUAUAAAUUUUUAAUUAUUGCUCUUAUCUGCUCCUGCGAUAACGCUGCAGCUUGGAGAGCCUGCCUGUUGUUUAUGCCCCCUUCUGAUCUUGUAUGUACAAACAAAACUUCUUUUGAUAGGAGAGAUUAUUUGCUUGCCUUUGCUGCCUCAGCCCGGAGGCCGCAGCAUGCGCCCUAAUCUCCUGGCUGCGCGGCAGAGAUAGGGAGUAUAAAUUUAAUCGAGGUGAACUUGGGAGUGUUUGAAGAUUGCAACAAAGCCUCAUGAAUCCUGCCACCUUUUGCACUCCCGAUGAGCUGGAUUUCUGUACCCAGAACCUCCGAGGUUAUGGAGGGCAGCAAAGAUUGGCAGCCGACAAAAUCUAGAAUUUAAUUGCUAUUCAUGAGGUCCGCAGGUGGCACUAAAAUCUUGAUAACGAAGUGGCUUGGAGCUGCAGCUGCCCGAGCCUUUUCAAGUGUCAAAAAGAGAGAGCUUCUUUUUCCCUUUGCCUGUCCCUGUAGAGACUGCCGUAUAGUUUUGAGGGUAGUCAUGUAUCUGGAAACACAUCGAGGAGAACCAAUGAUGCCUUCCACUGUCUCCUUGUGUCGUGACAACAUUCAUGUUGGCAGAAAAUGUGUUUGACUCUGUUAACUUUGCUCAGUUGAGGGCAGCAGGGGGAAUCUGCCUACCGGGUGCAGGUGAGCUAUGGGUCAAAUCAAACUUUGGUCAAGAGAGGCUGGGUCAUGGUUUUAGCAGGCCUGAAAUACCUUCAUUUCCCUGGAAAUACUGUCUUUUCUAGGUGAGAAGAUGCUGCAAGCAGUGGACAAUCUAGCAAAUGUUUUCACAGGGGUGGGCAGAUUGCAGAUGUCGGCUAAAGUUACUAUUUUGUCUAGUGGUCUCCCCAAAACAGGUUGCUCUAAAACACUGCGUUUGUACUUGCGCCUUCCAGUAAGUGUAGACCUAGGCUAUGACCCUAAAUGGUCAGCCUCAUUUUUGUGUUCUUUGCCAAGGCGGUUGCAAACUGCUUCUGAUCUCUACUGACCUUGCCCUCAGUGCGAAACAUGCCUUGCCCUGUUUCAGGUGCUCUUCUUAGCGCCAUUUUCCUCCACUUCCUCUGCCUCAGGUGAGGCUCUCACUGCCAUUCAACCCAGUCAGUGUCACUGCUUUGGGUGAUUUUUCUGGCAACGCCACCUGGCCUGAGCACAGUCACUUGUUAACAGAAUCACACAUGGGCAGCAAAGGCAAGCUGGGCCAAGAGGAGAGGAAGAAGAAGAAGAAGAGGAAGAGUUUGGAUUUGAUAUCCCACUUUAUCACUACCCUAAGGAGUCUCAAAGCGGCUAACAUUCUCCUUUCCCUUCCUCCCCCACAACAAACACCCUGUGAGGUGAGUGGGGCUGAGAGACUUCAGAGAAGUGUGACUGGCCCAAAGUCACCCAGCAGCUGCAUGUGGAGGAGCGGGGAAGCGAACCCGGUUCCCCAGAUUACGAGUCCACCGUUCUUAACCACCACACCACACUGGCUCUCAAGAGGGAGGAAGAGGAGGAGGAAAAUCACACCAAGGCGAAACAGACGCUGCCACCAGAACAGAAACCCAACCAAUAGCCUCAGCUCAAUGUGAUCAUUUAGUGACGAAGAUAUCUCUUGGCUCCAUAUACUUUUGAAGUGCCCAUCACAAUCAGAGAGCCUCUGUCGCGGCUCUCUGCAGCCUGUAUCACACGAUACAGGUAUGCUCACCUGGGAGCCAAGAUCUACUGGCAGAGCAGCAAAUCCAGGUUUGCCCUGUAUCAUACAUUAAAAGCAGCCUUUGGCGUUAAUGAAACCCGUUAGCCACCCCCCACAACACGUUACCCAGAGGGAGGAGGGGGCCGCACAGGGAAUUGCUUCCAGUGAUGUCACAUUAAUGACUGAAAUUAGUGUCGACCAAAAAGUUUAAUUCUGCCCGGCGCUGGGGCUGUUUGUUUUGGGAUUAGCUGCUUGUUGUAAUCUUCUUGAUUAAGGAUUAUGAUCCCUUUAGAAGCAUAAGCCAGGCAAGCCUCCCAGGAGCCGACGGAGCACCGCGCACAAUGUGCAUUGCGGCGCCGCGCUUGGAGGGAGUGACCUUUCCCAGGAAGGCAGCUAAUCCAGACAGCUCAGCAGACGUUUUGUGGCUGAGGGUAGCGGCCCUUGCUCUUGGCUCCAUUGGCACAGGGCACAGCUGGCCUCUGAAAGGAAGCGUGCCACCUGGAGGCAUUGGUGGGCACUUCCUCCUCAGCAGUGGGAGAGGCAAACUGCGCCCAGAGGGCCAACCAAAGCCAGCUUCUUCAGCAUCUGAAGCUCUUCUCUCUUCCAGCGGGGACUAGAAAAAUGCUUGACAAACCAGUGGCUGCGGGAGCCUCUCCUGAAGCCAAGUGAUGCACUGUAUUUCGUAUACAGGCUGCAGAUGUCUUCAUGCCUUCGAUGGUCAACUGCUUGGAGAGAGAGCCCUUUGUUGGUGCUAAGAGCCAAGGCCAAUGUUGGGAGCCGAGGCUCUUGCUCCUUCCCUUUCCCAUUGAUGGGAGAUGUCUGCCCCUGCAAAGAGCACACCUGUGCUCAGAUCUUAGGCCCGGCAUCUUGCGUGAACUCCCGCCUACAUCUUGUGGCUCUGAGGAAAUAGUUGCACCUGAGAUUUUUUUUUCUUUUUAAAUUUUAUUAAAGAUUUUCUUGUUUUACAGAAGUACGUGUAAUGUCUCUCGUAUUUUUUCCAUGUAACAUUUUUACAAAUCAGUUUCAUUUGUUGAGACAUUGGGGGGGGGAAAGGUGUGGAGGGGUGGAGGGGGGAAGAGGGGGGGGUCGGGUGGCAAUGUUUCUAAUUUGCUUAAUGUAUGUAGGGUUUCAUGUCAGCAUUGCUCGUGCAGGUUCUCGGCUGUUCAUUUGUGUUUCUUUGGUGUUGAGAGAGGUUGGGGUUGGCCUAUGGUGUGGUUGUUUGUUUGUGAUUGGCUGUGGUGAUCUUUGUUUUCGUGUGUGAGUGGGGUGGGUGGAUGUUUUGGAUCAGGUUAUUCAUAUUGAUUUGUAUUCUGUUGGUGGGUUAUUGUCAUUGUCAUUGUCUUGUUGGGCUGUGUAUGUGAUAAAGGGGAGCCAUACCGGGGUAAGGGCGUCUUCUUCUAUUUGCCCCCGUGUCAGUUUCAAUUUAUUGGUUAAUUUUUCUUGUAAGGCUGUUUCCCAUACUAUUUGGUACCAUUGGUCCAUGCUUACUCCUGACAGGUCUCUCCAGUGUCUGGUUAUGGUGUUUCUGGCUGCUGAAAGUAGGUGGGUUAUGAGUUCUUUGUGGUGUAAAUUGGCAUUGUUGUCUUGGAAGAUGUUUAGUAGGGCCAAUUCUGGGGUGGUGUCUAAUACUUGCUUAGUUAUUUUACAUAUUUCUUGUAUGGCUGUUGUCCAGAAUAGUUGGAUUUUGGGGCACUCCCACCACAUGUGGAGGUAUGGUUGCACCUGAGAUUUGUGGAUCGGCAACAGAUACACAAGAAUGUUCAGAGUUGUGCAUGUGGCAAGAGGCAGCCCCAUCCCGAGUUGAGGCCUCCUUCUUGGAGCAAGUGACUUCCAUCGCCUGUCAAGAGGAAGCCUUUGGCUCUUGAUGGGGAUGAGACUCUCUUUCCUUGGAGGUUUUUUCAGCAGAGGUUGGAUGGCCACCUAGUUGAGAUUCCUGCAUUGCAGGGGAUUGGACUACGUGAACCUCGGCGUCUCUUCCAACUCUACAGUUCUAUGAUUCUAUGAAACAGCACUUUCAUUCUCACAGGUGGUGGGGUUUGAAGGCUGGUUCACUCAGAAUUUGCAAUCACAGGUAAAAUGAAGAGUUGACAAGCACUCCAGUGCAUGCAAAAAGAUAUUUCAGGCACCCACCUGGGCCAUUCAUAGAGCUCUUUGUGUGGUAUCUGUAGAACAGAUGAAAGAGGAGCUAGUGAAAAAAACCCUUUUUGAGCUUUCCAGUGGCCAUGGAUCGCUUUUCAUCUCACUUCAUGCACGGAUAUGCUUGGGGGACGUGGAAACACAUUCCAAGUUGAUAUGCCUCCAGUUCUGGGUGCUACAAUUUUAGAAGGAUGUUGACAAGCUGGAACUAUGUGCAGAGGAGGGCAACCAAGAUGAUCAGUGGCCUGGAAACCAAGCCUUAUGAGAAAAAGUUGAGGGAAUUAGGUAUGUUUAACCUGGAGAAAAGAAGACUGAGAGGUGAUAGCCAUCUUCAAAUAUCUGAAGGGCUGUCCCCUGGAAGAGCGAGCAGACUUGUUUUCUGCUACUCCAGAGGACAAUAAAGGAAAUUCCAAUUAAACAAUAGGAUGCUCUUUCUCAUAGUAGGAGCUAUUUGAAAGUGGAAUGGACCACCUUAGAAGAUGGUGGACUCUCCUUCCUUGGAGGUUUUUAAACAGGUUGGGUGGCUAGAUGUCAUGGAUUUGUUGGUUGUAAUGCCUGUAUUGCCAGGGCGGGAGGACUAGAUGGCCCUUGUGGUCCCUUCCAACUCUACAAUUCAUUGGUUCUCUGCAUGUGGAGGGAUUUGUCCCAGGAUAAUUGGUGGCACAAACUGGUCCUGCUCCUGAAUCCUCCUUUCUCAGCUAGCUUCAGAGCCUGGCCGUGCCAGAUGUCCUUGGGCCACAAAGCUGCGGUGCUUCUGAGCUUCAGUCAGCUGCCUGUUUAACUUUCCCUGUGACAAGCUAAGCUGACAUCCAGCGUCAAAUGUGUAAAUCGCCUCGCCACCAAAACAUGCAUCUCACUUGCAGCAUCACGAAAGUAAUGAAUCAAAGUGUCAAGUAGCUUGAAGAAAAUGAAUUUGUUAAUUGCCUGCAUACUCAGACUCGGGGUAAUAUAAAAGGGAAGACUUGGAAACGCUCAAGUAGGAGGCAAACUGUGACCUCAUUGCUGUUACUGAGCCCUGGCAGGAGGAGGGAAGUGGAGGCGGCUGUGUGAUCAGAAUAAUAAAAUCACCACCUCGGAAGAGGCUUGGGUGCCCCUCCAAGCAGCCAGCGCAAGAUUGCAGGAUAUGGAAUUGUUCUGGGUCUGAGCAGCGCCCAUAACAAGCCAGCCGCUGGGCAUAAACAAAGCUGACCAUUCUGGUGCUAGUUUUUCAUGCAUCACAAAGUUAGACUGUGGAACUCGCUGCCACAGGAGGCAGUGGUGCCAAUCAACCUAGACUGCUUUAAAAGGGGAUUAAACAAAUUCAUGGAAGAGAGGACUAUUGGUGGCUCCUAGCCAGGAUGACUCUACUCUGUCUCCACAGUUGGAGACAGCAGAGCUUCUGAAUCCCAGUUCCUGAAAACCACAGGAGGGGGAGAGUUGCUCUUGUGCUUGGAUCCUGGUUAUGGGUUUCCCAUAAUGGGCGUCUGGGCAGCUAUUGUGAGAAAAGGAUGCUGCACUGGGUGGGCCACUGGCCUGAUCCAGAAGGCUGUGUUUAUUCCAGGAAGUGAGAAAGCAUGGAAAGGCAGGAUAUAAAGGUAACAAAUACAUUUCUCAGCAAGCAAGCUGUGGUGGAACACCUCGAUAUCCGCUUCUUUCACCCCACGGAUAUUGGGUGUGUCUCCUGUCUUCGCAGGUGUGGGAGUCAGAUCCAUGGGUGAAUGGUUUGUGCUCUGGGAGUUGGCACCAUGUUGGAGUUGCCCACAGGCUUUCUCAAAUGCACAUUUCCAAGCUAGGCUGAAGAGCUCACUGGUCCAUCAGCGGGUCAGACCCCCUUUCUGCAUCUGCCUCCUUCUCUGUAUCCCACCGAGAUGUCUUCGGACAAUUGAGGGGGUUCCCUUCCAUACACAAAAUUUGCAAAGUCACACAGCAAGGCAUUCCUGGCGGCUGCUCCCUAGUUUCCACAUUCCUUGCCUGCACAGCCUGAAAUGGUUCCCUAAGCAGAUGCAAAAUAUUGCUUAUUUGGGCCAGCAUUUGGGGCUGGAGACAAGCCUGUUUUGGGCAGACACUGCAUUUAUUACACGCUCCGAGGUGUUGCCUGCCCUGAGCCUUUGGGGAAAUAUGGAAGGAUCUCUUUCAAAUAAGUGCAUCAGCUGAAUCCCAAAGACUCCCUGGCAGGUUUUCAGACAGGGGUGGAUCUUAUCAGGGAGCCAGAUCCUAAAUCCACAGUUGCGUUUCAUGUGGUCCUUUGGAAACAGUCUUGCUUGUGCCUCAGCUGGAGCUUCUGUGCCAGCCUGGGGGCGGAAAGCACAGCUGAGCUCUGCUGCAGCCCUUGUUUGUUUCAGCGACUCUUACAUGGAAGCUCUUUCCCCUCCCACACUGCACCAUGGUUAAUUGACAGUGCAAAUAUUUUCAGUCUCUUCAGCUUCAUAAUACCUUAACAAGAUCCCUUUAGCACAUCUACGGCUGUUGACAAUGCUCUGAGAACCAAGAGAGGGGCUUUGUUUUGUUUUGUUUUUUGCACACAGAGGCAAUGUGCAACAUGUCUCAAGGCUGCCAUCACACCAGCUCCCUCUCAGUCCAGCACGGCUCCACAUUCUAGGCUGUUGCCAGGAUGCUGUGUUUCCUUACAGUCACAAAAGUCUCUGUUUGUGUACACACACACGCCUGCCUAUGGUUUUUGAGUCUUGCAGUGUCAUUAUCCUCUUGGAAUCUGGUAACUUCUUCAGAGAGAGAAGCACUCCUGAAGUCCACCCCAGUAGUGAAAACCGCAAUCAGGGCCUUGAAAUGCUUUUAAGGCGUUAUCAUCCGAGGAAGAUAUUCCAGACAGGACCUUAUCUGGAAGCCUGUCUGUUGUCAGCUGCUUGAAGCAUUCUUCGCUAUAAUAAUUAUUUUUGUGCGGUAUGGUUCUUUGUGAACCUUGCUGAAAUGUGCACUUUGCAGUUGUAAUGAUACUUUUAUUGAAAACUAUGGCCUCAUUAUCAAUAUAUUGCUGCAGCCACGUGCGCCUUGCAGCACUUUUAUAGAACUGUGCCCUUGCUUGUGAUCUUGUAAAAGAGUCAGCAUGCCAGGUUUCUGUGGCCAAGCCCAAGGAGCAGCCACACCGGAGGGCGGGACACUUGACAGCCUCAAAUUCAGUUAGGACCACCAUGACUUUGCUUGCCCCAGAGAUCAUCCUCACCUGUAGGCGAUGAGUGGCGACUUUGCCUGUUUUGCAUUGUAAGUCAUCCCGUACUUCCUUUGCGCCUGCGUCGCAGGGGGUUGGACUAGAUGACCGUUGGGUUCCCUUCCAACUUCACAAUUCUGUGAUUCCUUCAGUACCUCACAAAGGCAUCUGUUGAGAGUGUUGAUAUUGUGCAAAUGCAUUUUAAAAGUAGCUGAUUGUUUGAAACGGUGCGAAAUGCAGUGGUUUGAGUGCCCACUGGGGUAGGAUACCCCCAACAUGCCACCCCACUGUGGAAAGAAUUGCCCUGGCUUCCAGUUAGCUACUGGGCCAAGUUCAAGGUAGCAACGUUGGUGUACAGAGUCCUAUACAUCUUGGGACCAGGAUACCUGGUCUCACACCCCUUGUGUACCCAGUAGAUCACUGUGCUCUGCAGAUAUCUUUUCAGGAGGUUCAUUCCCCACAAAAUAGGGACCAGGUCUUCAAUGCUGGGGUAGAAUCAUAGAAUCAUAGAGUUGGAAGAGACCACAAGGGCCAUUGAGUCCAACCCCCUGCCAAGCAGGAAACCUUCUGCCUUUGGAAUGCCCUCCCCUUAAAUAUCAGGCAGACACUGCCACUGCUGUCUUUAUAGCUAAAUAUAAAGAAGGCGGAUGUUCUUGCUGGCCUGGCUUUGAUUUCCAACACCUGGGGUGAAGUGCGGGCUGCAGCGAGCUUUUCCUUUAAGGGAGCAUUCCAUGCCCUUGUCAAAAGCUGCUCUCAUCUCUGUGUCUACAUGGUAAAGCCAGUGAUCUGACCAUCGCUUUUCAAGACAGACUCAUGCCUGUGGCACGGAGGGAGCCUCUGCCUGUUGUGGAGGUGGGGGUGGCUUGGGACAGCAGGCCAGGGCAGGGGGACAGUCUCUGGUUCUGGUGAAUGCAAAGCACCUUUGUGGGGGGCUCCUUCCAUUCUAGCAGCUCAGCUGUGGAUCCAGGAAGCACUUUGCCCAAAAGAGGCAGCCUGAGCCUCUUUGCGUGGGGGGACAAUGACAGGCGGUGAGGAGCAGUUCUCUGGAUCCUCUUGCGAACACCUUGUUCCAUCCUGGCAAACGCAGCAAACGGACAAAGCCGAUUGGCAUGGAGGGCACGAAGCCCAGCUCCUCUCCUCCCUUUCUGCUCCUCAUCAGAAAUCAAGCCAGGAUCUGGAGAGGGUCUUCAGGCGGCUCCUGCGGCUUCACUCCACUCCCCUUCCUGAGCUUGUUAGCGAGGAAACUGUCCUCCCAGCUCCCUCCACCCUCUAUCUUGCUGCGUUUUAUCUUGGAUCUGCUCUAAGAAGUCCACAACACCCUCCCUUUGCGAGGAUCCGCAGCGCUUUGUGUGUUGCCGUGUUGGUUUUUCCGAGGGGGCUGUGUGUUUUCUUCCGAGCCGGCAUCAGUAUUCUGCCCGAGUGUGCACAGGCUUCCACUCGGCCUGCUGCCUUUCGCCUCCCCUGCUGGGCAGAUGUCCAUUAUAAGGCAGUGCAAAAGGGGGUGGGAAGGAGGGGGAAAACAACAACAACAAAGGCAGAACAACGCUGCCGGGUUGAGGCACGGUUUGACGGGACCUCCUGCAGCUGCCAGCACGCCAGCCACGGAAUAGACUCAUCUGCAUUCCGCCGCUCAGCCGCCAAAGUCAAGAUCAAUCUCAUUAGGAUGUUUUCGACACUCCCUGCAUCCCAAAGUCUCUCCCCACCCCAGCCCCGUCCGCUUGCCCAGGGGUGGAUGGCUGGGAACUGGCAUGAGCACAAUCUCCACGGGGUAGAGCGGGGCAAGACUUCCAGCAAAUUGGUUCAAAUGGCAAAGCAGGGCAGCUGGCUUCCUGGCGCCUGAUCCGCAGUUGCAGAACAUCCCUCUUAUCUGCGGAGAACGGUGGUCGUUGGGGAGAUAGUGCCUGCGUUGUGCUGCGCAUUUUGCUCAUGGGGCUGUGGAUCUGCGUGGGGUUUGGUUUCGUUCUUUAAUUGGGGGAAGGGGCAGAGCACGUGUUUGGAGUGCAGAAGGUCCCGGGUUCAAUCCCAGGCAGCAUCUCCAGGUAGGGCUGCAAAACACUGCCUGCCUGGCAACCCUCGAGAUCUGCUGCCAGUCAGAGUAGAAGCCGCACAGAGCUAGGUGGAGCCCAGUGGUCUGGCACAGGUGGACCCUGCCGAAAGGGCGGACCCAGGCUGAAGACAGAGAUCAGGGCUCCAUGGGGAAUUAUCAACUGCCUUUCUGUUAAGCGGCGGCCUAUGGCAGCCCACUUAGCUGGCUCAGAACUCCUGUCUCCUCCGUCCCACCCUGGGACUUUUGAGGCUGGGAAAGUUAACUUUGUUGUUUGUGUCGCUGCCGCUGUCUGGGAGCUUCCUUUGCAAAACUGCAGGCUCUCAAUUGCGAUGCCUGGAGUGUCGCCCCAAGGCCUGUCAGCAGUCUGCAGAAUGCUGAAACUGGCCCCGCAGCGGGGGGGGGGAUCAAAUGCGAUCUGCUGCAGGCGCCUCGCUUUGUACUGAGCUCAAAGUGUGCGCUGGCGCCUUCGGCCCCUCUCGGAUCCGGCUGAGAGCUGAGCCUGGUGCUUCGUGCUCUUGUUUUGAGUGUGCUGAGUUUAGUGACGGUACCAAAACAGCAGGUACCAAAAUGGCAGGAGCACCCCUCUGGUUGUGCCCCUUUCCCCUGCGGCUGGCGCUGCUAACACAAAGCCAACCAAAUGCGCAGCAGAUUGGCCAGGCACGGAGCAAGGAGAGAGAGCUGUGGCUCCAUUUCCCCCUUUCUCCCUCCCCACAGAUGCUGCGAAAACAGCAGGAUCUCAGGUUUGGCUAGGAGGGAACCUUGCUUAGGGAAGGUGGGCCAAUUCUUGAGCCAUGUCAGCUCCCGGCAUUUGGUCCUGCCUCAGCAAUUCACCCAAGCUGCUUUUUCCUAGGCUGUUGGUGUCUGUGCUUUAAAAAGAAAGUGCAAAAUUCCCUUUUGCUGUUGUCUUUCAAGGGGAAAGGGGAUUAUCUUCAGUUUUUGGGCAUGAACCAAAGUCACGUUGGCAAUGCACCCUUGCAUCUCUCCACAUAAAGGCAAGAACUCCCAGGACUGGUAUUCUUUGCAAAUAGCCUUGCCUGGGGUUCUGAAUUUCUCUCCCCACACUCCUUUAGAGCAGAAGGUUCUGCUUUGACAGAGAGACUGUGUGUGUGUGUGUGUGUGUGUGUGUGUGUGCGCGCGCAUGUGUUACAGUGUGGUUGCUUGCCACUGUACGCUUUGCUCAAACAGGUUGUGCGUUGGUGUCUCUCCAGCUCACCUCCAUCUUGCUCCGUCGGAGUAAUGGAGCCACUGAGCCGGGCUGCCCACCAGAUAACAGGUUUAUCGCCUCUCCUGUUCCUGCUGUCAGCUCCUCUCUCCCCUCCACCAAUCUCCUUGGUGCAUGAAAAAUUGACACCCCCUCAAGUUGAAAUCUGUUGCUGAAGGAGGAACAUUUAUUAGCGGAUUAGAAAACCUGUUCACCCGGCAGGCUCUCCUUUUGCUUGUUACCCUGCGCUGCCCAGGUGCAGAGUGUGGGAUCCCCCGGCACGAGAAAGGGGCUCCUCUGUCACUUGGGAUCCCGCAUGCCUGUUGCAGAGCCCUUCUCGCGAAAGGCCGAGACACUGGUUUAUUGAAAGCCCCUUGCAAAGAGGUGCCUGUCGCUCCUAUUCCAUGAGCAAUUGAUCGCGGCUUCUCUCAGGCCCCCGGGCUAAGGCAGAGCUGUGGAAACUCAUGUUAAUCUGUCUUGACAGCAAUGAGGAGAUGAUCCCUCUUCUCCGUACAUUGCAUUUUCCUCUCUGAAAAAUAACAGAUUCUGACACCCCUCUCCUCCGGCAAGCCAAUAGAGGCAAAUUUUAUGGCCCCCCUUGCCUCAUCAAUCUUAAUCGGCGGGAUUAAAGCAAAGGUGGCGUGGAGAGGCUGGAAUUGCAUUUGCUCUGAAAUGCCUGCAAGGCGAGGCCGGCUCUGAGCGCAGGAGGGAGCAGCCGCACCUGCCUUGGCAAGAGGAUUUGCGCUUGGGCUCCCUCGGUGCAAAAGUGGACAGCUCUGCUUCUCUUUUACAGCGAAGACAGACACAAGGUGUUCACAGCAGUGAGAGUUCAGUGCUCCUUUUUAGGGUCUAGCAAACCAAUCCGCAGGCUCGGAACAGUAGCCGACUGGGCCCUUGUCAUGCAAAACCUGGAACAAUUUUGCACCCUGGUGUUGCUGGUUAUGUUGACUCUGUUCGGUGCCUGCUAAACCCAGCCUGGUGCCUUUAGACCACGGCUGCCUGUCAUUGCCAACAGCAGUGCUGUCUGGGGAUGUGAGCAGGCACCCCAGGAGGGCACCAGGUUGGCAGAGGCCGCUGUUGUUGCCAUAUAAGCAACCGCUAGCCGUAGCUACUGGCCCCACCGCUUUCACCUGAACCCAAGGAAGCAAAGUGUUGUUGGAAGAUUCAGGGCAGAUUAAAGAAAGGACUUCUUCACACAGCGCAUGGUUAACCUGUGGAACUCCGACCUGCAGGAGGCAGUGAUGGCUAGCAGCCUGCCUGGCUUUAAAAGAGGAUUAGGCAAAUUCAUGGAGGAGGAGAGGCGGCUAUCGGGGGCUAUCGGGGACUGUGCUCUGCUUUCAGGGUCAGAGGCAGCAAUGCUUCUGAAUACCACUUGCAGGAGACCACAGGAGGGCAGGGAACUCAUGUGCUCGAAUCCUGCUUGCUGGUUUCCCACAAGGGGCAUCUGGCUGGCCACUGGGAGAGCAGGAUGGCCGCCUGAUCCAGCAGGGCUCUUCUUCCAUUUCUAAAUUCCCAUUUCGCUGAAGGAUGCCUUCGCCUUGGGCCCUUCAGGAUCAGGCCUGUGAAGGUGCAGGAUGGAGAUUUGGAGUGGAACUGUUGGUCUUGGUGCCAGCAAGAGCCCAGCGGAGGCAGCAGCAGAAGCAGAAGAAUAGUAGUUUCCUUUGGGGGCUUCUGCUCUCCCUCUUUUCCCAAGACUUGUGCUAUCUUGAACUUGACCCGUCAGCAAAAUCUGAGAGACUGCAAAGCAGGCAAGAGAAAGCUCAUUAUUUUGGGCAGCCUUUGUGCGUGUUUGGCACAAUGGCCUUUCUGUGAAUAGAUGCAAGCCUAGUUGCAGAAUCCGCUCCCGCUGCAGCUAAAUCAGGCUCCGCGGUCAGGGGUCGUUUGUUCCUGUCAUGUCCCAAUUGCCAUCCCUUCAAUGGGAACUUGUUCAGGAGAAGGGGCAAGCCUCUCUCGAGUUGCUUCUCUUCGUACUGCACUGCAGGGUGUUGGACUAGAUGACUUCUGGGGGUCCCUUUCAACUCUAUGAUUCCGUCACACUCAGCUGCGCAGGAAGCUGCUGACUCCUCUGCCCCUUGGCAAAGGGAUUGGAGGGGGCAGCCUUAGCUACCCGACCUGAGUGUGUGCAUCUCUUUCUCUUCCCCCAGAGCACAUCUGCUCCAUCUUGGCUUCCCUCCUGAGGAAUCUGAGGGGACAGCAGAGAACUCGGCUGCUCAACAAGUUCACGGAGAACGACAGCGAGAAGGUGAGAGAGACCGGGGGGGCAGUGUUGGGGAGCUGGGAACAGGAGAGGGGUUCAGAGCCUGGUGGGGGCGGGAGAAAUUGGGCACUGUCUCAGUGAUGCUGUCCAAAUGGUAUCCAGGAUGGUGAGAGGCAGUGUGGUGGAGUGGUCAGAGUGUUGGACUACCAGGACGUGGGAGACCUGGGUUCAAAUCCCCCACUCAGCCAGAAAAAGCUCACCAGGUGAGCGGGCAAACACUGCCUCUCAGGCUGGGAUUAAAUGUGGGGACCCCCUUGCAUGCCACCUUUAGUUCAACCAGUUAUCUUUUUUCCUGCCCCCACAAGUUCUACUAGUGAACAUUUGGCACCAUGUUCCACCUGUCAUGGAUGCUUGAGUUGUGAUCCCUGCAUUGCAGGGGGGUUGGACUAGAUGACCCCUGGGGGACCCUUCCAGCUGCUCAGUUCUGUGAUUCUAUGACAAUCCUCCAAAGGAGUUCCCUUGCGCAAGACCCACCGUGCUGUUGCCCCUUUCCUAUUUCAGUGGGGCUUGUGCCCCGUGGUGCAAUACUGCUGCCCACAUCCUGCCAACCUCUCCGCCGGCUUCAUAGCAGGGUCGUGGCUUCAUAGCUCUCCCUCACAGCCAGGUGUGUGCUGCGUGGGUGUCCCGUGGCAUGAAAUCAGUGGUACCUCUGGUUGCGAACGGGACCUGUUCCGGAAGCUCGUUCGCAACAUGAAAAGAGCAUAACCCGCAGCGGCGCUUCCGCGCACGCGCAGGUUGCGAUUCGCCGCUUCUGCGCAUGACGUCAUUUUGCGCUUCUGCGCAUGUGCAAGCAGCGAAACCAGGAAGUAACCCUUUCCAGUACUUCCGGAUCUCUGCAGGACGUAACCUGAAAGAACAUAACAUGAAGUGGACAUAACAUGAGAUAUGACUGUACAGUGGUACCUCGGGUUACAUACACUUCAGUUUACAUACGCUUCAGGUUACAAAGUGGUGCUUCAGGUUAAGAACAGUUUCAGGUUAAGAACAGAUCUCCGGAAUGAAUUAAGUACUUAACCCGAGGUACCACUGUAGUGGCAUAGGCUUCCUGCAGGGACCCUUCUUGAGACCACCAACCCUUCUGAGCGCAGCCCUGCCCCAGCUGCAUGGAUAGGGUGGGCCGGAGUCCUUCACCCCCGGUUUCUCCGGGGAAACCUGCAGUUUCAACCACCAGCAUUUCAAGCUAAGGAAAUGGUUAGUGCUCUCAGUGCUCCUGAAAAUUAAUAUUGGCUCUGAGGACCUGUAUCUUCUUUGGAAAUCAAUUAGUGGAGCGGAGAGGGAACCAGGGAUGUCCCGCUGGAGGGGAGGGCCUGUGCAAGCCUGCACUUCUGGUGGGACUUGCCAAGUGGGUCCCCAGGGGCUGCUGUUGGUUUUGUUCUGCAAAGAGCAGCCGCUAAUGCAUCCUGAGAGCUUCAAACGUCUGCCGUUGGAAUAAAAUCUGCCGUCUCCGCACGCACCCACCCUGAAAUAUAUGUGGGAGAGCAGGUCUGGCAACGGCUGCUGGCCAAGAUAGCUGUCAACGAGGGGCAGAGGCAGGGAGGUUGCUCCCGUGCCCUCCUUGUGGGUUUCCUGGCAGCACCUGCCUGGGAGCCUAGUGCUGAUUUCUCCCCUUUUGGCCUUGGAAAUCUUGCCUCUCGGGAGACGUGGAUGCAGCUGCUUUGGCAAGAUGGAGAAUGGUGUAAAGGGAGCCCCUAGGUCAGGCCAGCUUGGAGGAACAGUGAUCAAGGAGGCGGGAAGGGAAUUGGGUUCUGAGGGGGAAGGUAAGCAGAAUUGGUGCCAUUUUAGAGCAUCUGGGGUGCCGUGCAUUCUGUGAGCAGGGAAUCAGCAGGACCUUGCAGGCUGUUUGCUUUCCAGUGCCCCAUUCAGUACAGAUGUGGCACCCCGGCUUUAGAAGCCCAACUUGUUCAGUUCAGAGGUGCCUCGCUGUCCGUGGGCCCUUCGUCUUGCUGGGGUACGUGAAGGAGUGUCUCCACCCCCAUCGUUCUGCCUGGAUACUGAGAUCCAGCUCUGAGGGCCUUCUGGCGGUUCCCUCACUGCGAGAAGCAAAGCCACAGGGAACCAGGCAGAGGGCCUUCUCGGUGGUGGCACCCACCCUGUGGAACACCCUCCCUUCAGAUGUCAAAGAGAUAAACAACUACCUGACAUUUGGAAGACAUCUGAAGGCAGCCCUGUUCAGGGAAGUUUUUAAUGUGUGACAUUUUAAUGUGUUUUUCAUCUUUGUUGGAAGCCGCCCAGAGUGGCUGGGGAAACCCAGCCAGAUGGGCGGGAUACAAAUAAUAAAUUAUUAUUAUUAUUAUUAUUAUUAUUAUUAUUAUUAUUAGAUGGCUGUGUGAUGAGUUCAAACCUUUCCCACUCUUCUUCUCUCCCCCCCGCCCCCCGGCAGGUUGACAGACUGAUGGAGUUAUAUUUCAAGUACCUGGAUGCAAUGCAAGCAGCUGAUAAGAAGAUUGAAGGAGAAAAGCAUGUAGGUGUCAUCACCCCCACCCCACCCCCUCCUGUCAGUUCAUUAUGAGAUGGUGCCUGCAAGUUCCCUGAAAUGCUAAAAGCUCCCCCUAUGAACCAACCCAGACCCUGCAGCCGUUAUCCGAGGCCCUUCUUUGUGUGCCCCCUCUGUGAGCGAUCCAGAGGACGAGAACAGGGCCUUUUCUGCAUUGGCUUCCCCUUUGUGGAACGCUCUCCCACGGAGGCUUGCUGGGCGCCAUCAUUACAUUAUCUUUGGGCACUAGCUUAAACUUUGCUCUGUAACCAGGCCUUCAGCCUUUAACUAUCAGUGGCCUUUUAGAAGUGGGUGGGAUUUUUUAAUGUAAACACACACACACACACCCCAUUUGAUGCAUAUGUCAGGUUUUCCUUUUACCUCUUUGUGCUUUUAGUGCAUUGAGUUGCUUCGGGCAAGGUAAAGUGACUAACACAUUUAAUUAAUAUUAUUAAUAAUAAAUAAUAGUAUUAAUAAUUUUUAGGUUCUUAAAGAGACAGCUGCGGUUUGCUCAAGGGCUCGCUUGCUUCCUGCCCCACUGCCUGCGAGCUCACCAAAAGCGUCCUCCAGACACGAAGGCCUGCAGCCCAGCUUAAGCAAGGGAGCAUGUGUGUGUUGUUCUCCAUUCAGUUAAGCACUGGAGAAUAAUUUGCAAAAAACCUGCAGUUAUAGGGUGGUUUAUAAAUUCAAUUAAUACAGUAGACCCUCGGGUUACGUUACUCUCGAGUAACAUAAACUUCAGGUUGCGAACGCAGCAAACCUGGAAUUCUUUUUCUGAGUUUCGCCGCUGCGCAUGCACAGAAGCGGCGCCUCUGGGUACGAAUUUUUCGGGGGGUGCUUGGACCCCAGGAACGAAUUUAAUUCGUAUCCAGAGGGUCCACUGUAGUAAUAAGAAUAGUAAUAACAAUACCUACCACGAAUUUGGUUUUUAAAGUUUUUUUAAAAUAUUUUAUCGAAGUCUGUCAAAUCCAUUCAAAAAGAAUAGCAAAAAAGCAGCACAGUGUAUCCAAGAGUGGCUUUAUAUUUGGUUGGUAGAGGACUUAGGGAAGCCAGAUUCCACAUUGUCCCGUGGAGAAGGCAGCCGUCCCUGUGCAUUGGAGCCCUGAAACGCCGCAGAGUCACCGAGAGGGAGCAGGUGUCCCUCCAGGCAGGACACUGCAAGAACCCCAAGGAAUGCUGCCGCUCAGAAAAUCUCAAUGUGUCGGGUUGUGGUGAACAAGUCUUCCCCAGUCCAUUUCAUGUUUUAUUUGAGAAAAAGGUGGCAAGCCACCACAGCUCUUUAACUCCCUCAGAGACGAGGUGCAAUUAUAGAGCCUCAGCGGUGAUCUCUGCAGAAAGGGAGGCAAAGGCAGGUGAUGACUUAAUGCAUUUCUUCUUAGUUCUGCGAGGAAAUUAUGCUCAGCAGGUUUAUUCAAUAAAAGCGCUCUCGCCGGAUACUUUGCGCCAUAACGACUUACAAAUUAGAUGCUAAUUGUGCCACUGUUAAGUCAUUCCAUCCUUGAACGGGAGAAUCGGCUUCCGUGGGCUUUGAUAGCCUAAAUGGGGUUUUGGAAUUAACCUGGCAUUUGAGUGGGGCAGCAAAUGGCUUGAAUUUCACAGAAGUGCCUUGCGAGAGGGUGAUCAUGAAAGGGGUUAAUGCGGAGCGUGAGGAACAGCAGCGUUUGCCGGAGGCUCCGCAGCCCAGCUGAACUUCCUCAGCUGCUCAGACCUUCCUCACCUGGGCUCUGAGCUGAAGCCCCUUACAUCCAUUGCCGGCUGAGAGCACAGCUGCUCAUCCUAAAAGCCCCGUGAUGUCUCAUCCCAAACAGAGUGAAAGAACUUGCAAGGCCUGCACCUAUUUUAUAUGGGACGGCUCAGCUCACAGGGAACGCUUUGCUAGAUUGGCCACGGGCCUGACCCUGCAGGCUCUCCUUAUGUUCUUCUGCAAAUGUGACUAGCAACAAGCAACGUUGUCCCUCCCAUUAGCCAACACCGACUCCUCCUGCAGGGCUUCUACAUUUGUGUGUGUUUUGCAUUGCUUAUCAUUUUGCCCUGCAAGUGUCGGGUCUCACAUCUGGUGCCAAACUUGCAGCUCUCCCUCACACUUCAGCCUCUAAAGGAAGUUUUGAGCCUUCCUUCUUGAGGCUGCAGCUGAUACAUAAAUGCCCCUUCAGUGCCAACUCUGAAAGCUGGAGAGAGAAAUCAGGCCUUCGGUGUUUUCUCCUCCCUUGGUUUGAGCUCCCCUUUAUGGGGCUGGGGUGAGUGUGGGGGUGGGUGUGUGGGUGUGUGCCGGCCUUCAAGGAUCAGUCCUCCUCCCUCCCCGCCUGGCAUAGAUUUGGGUUGGCCCCCUUGGCCUCUUCCCCUCUGCCAGCAGCCCCAGCUGGGGGAAGCAGGAAGAUCUUGCCUCUGCCAGCCUCCUUUAUCAGCCUUUGCUCAUCUUCGCCGCAGUUGCUCCUCACGCCCCAGCUGGCCUGACGGGCUGUCCCAACCUGUCUGUCACCCUGACAGCUGAUUUUAAUUGGGAAGCGGGAAGAGAUAAUCUAGCCUGACACUCGUGCUUACCUUGCACAGAGCAGCCGGAGCGGUCUGCACUGCUGUGCCCCCUGGCCGCGAAAAGGUGUGCCAACAGGGCAUGUGCCACCGAGCCACGUCCUGCAGAAGUUGCUCCUCCAGGAGGCAGUGGCAGCCACCAACUUGAGCUUUAAAAGGGGACGAGACAAAUUCGUGGAGGAGACUAUGGACAGUUGGAGGCAGCAAUGCUUAUGAGUAUCAGUUGCUGGGAACUGCAGAAGACGGGAAGGCUCUUGAGCUCGUAUCCUGCUUGUGGGUUUCCCACAGACACCUGGUUGGCCACUGGGAGAACAAGAUGCUGGACUAGAUGGGCCACAGGCCUGAUCCAGCACAAUCCUCUUUCAUUUUUAAGCAGUGGAAGAAGCAGCAAAGUAGCCUUCCGAGGACGUUUCCGAACACAAUUCAAAGUGUUGGUGCUGACCUUUAAAGCCCUAAACGGCCUCAAAGGCCCAGUAUACCUGAAGGAGCGUCUCCACCCCCAUCAUUCUGCCCGGACACUGAGGUCCAGCUCCAAGGGCCUUCUGGCUGUUCCCUCGCUGCGAGAAGCCAAGUUACAGGGAACCAGGCAGAGGGCCUUCUUGGUGGUGGCGCCCGCCCUGUGGAACGCCCUCUAGCCAGAUGUCAAAAGAGAACAACAACUACCAGACUUUUAUAAGACAUCUGAAGGCAGCCCUCUUUAGGGAAGCUUUUAAUGUUUAAUAGGUUAUUGUAUUUUAGUGUUCUGUUGGAAGCUGCCCAGAGUGGCUGGGGAAACCCAGCCAGAUGGGCGGGGAAUUAAUAAUAAUAAUAAUAAUAAUAAUAAUUAUUAUUAUUAUUAUUAUUCCUGGACCCCCUGGCAGAGAACUAGGAGGAAGAUCCUUCCUAAGCCCCAAUAAAGCAGCCAGCCACUUCCUGUCCCCUUGCACACCCGCGGAGUACCCAAGGGAAAUGGCGUUGAUGCUUGAUUUUCCAGCACCCAGAAUCCUGCCACCCAUUGUGGCAGGCCGGGGUGGCUGAGAGGAGAGGAGCAGGGGCAGAAUCUCCGGUGGGAUCAGGAAGCCUCCCUGCUUGAAUCUGCAGCAGGCCCCGCUGGGCUUUGGCAAUCGUCAUUUUGCCAUUCCCCGACUGUCAGUCCAGCCUCAUUACUGUGAGGGGAGCUUGCUUCAGUUUCACAGGAGCCCAUCUUAUUGCUGUCGUCUCCCAUCAGCAUGGGGCAUCUCGCGGCAGAUAAGGAAUGGCACCUGAUCAUUCAUUUGGAGGUUAGCAUCUUGACGGCUGCAGAGGGUUUGGGGGGGCGGAGAGAGAGAGGCAGAGUGGCUGUUUGGUGUUUGCACGGGGAAAAGAUUAACAACAGUUUGGAGGGGGAGGAAUGGUGGUUGUGAACAGGGCUUUAAAAAAAUGGCAAGGUGGUGCCGCAGCCACCCACGCACCAGCUCCCUGCACACUGGCAAGCAGCUUUGGCUAAGUUUCCCGGAGCUCGCCGUGUUUUUUGUCUUGCUGCCAGCCCCGCAGGGAGAGGCUCCCGCCUUGCACGAGAGAAGAGCCGUCCCGGUUUCCGCCUGCGCAAUCAGCGGAUCCGGCCUCCAAAUCACUUCGUUAUCCUGGAUUGCAGGUGUCGUGCGCCGUGCGCCUCAGAUGUCAGCUUGAGCUGCCACGGCUGAUGGCUUCGAAAACACUUGCCAUUCGCAUUUCUAAAAAAUAAAAAUCAAGAGCUGUCAAGGCGGAAGGGCAGAAAUUAGGAGCUGGAGAGGCAAGGGGGGAGAGCCUCCUGCCAUGGCUUGUAGAUUGCCAGUGACAUUCCUGCCAAUCCUGAGCCAGGAUUUUAAGGGUCUUUGAGGCUCCAGCGCAUUCUCUGAGAGGCAGCUGCCACAAGCCAGGUCAGUGCCUGGACACAAGAGGGCAGGUCCUUGUUGUAGCAAAGGGUCUGGGUCAUAGAAUCAUAGAACUGUAGAGGUGCAAGGGGCAUCUAGUCCAACCCCCUGCCAUGCAGGAGCCACACCUAAAGAGUCCCUGACAGAUGGCGACCCAACCUCUCCUUAAAACUAUCAAACCAGAAAAGGGUGCGGUGGCUUGCCAAAAGGCGGCGGGUUUUGAACAUCCGAAACCGAGACUGCAAGGUGUGGUCCUGCAAAAGCUGGAGUAGGGAAGCGGAAGAAGUGAAAAGUCAGGAAUGGAGUUGAACGGGGUUGUCCCUUUUAGGGUCUCAAACUCUCAGGGGAAGGGGAGCACACCUGUUUUUGUCACCUGCCUUGGCAAAGAGGAGGGGGUGUUUUCAAGGCCCCGACACAACACAAGAUGAAGCUGGGCAAGUCCUACGCUGUGGUGCUUGGCUUUCGGUCUUGGUCAGGUGGGCAAAAGAAGCCCGUUGGGUGGAAGUCGGAGGACAGUAUAGGAAUACGAGAGCUCCAGAGGGCAGCAACAUGAGAACGGGGCCUUUUCUGCGGUGGCUCCCCAUUUGUGGAAUGUUCUCCCCAGGGAGGCUCACCUCAUACCUUCAUUACAUAUCUUUAGGUGCCAGGCAAAAAUGUUUCUCUGUCACCAGGCCUUUGACUGAUUCACAUUCUGUGUCCUUUCCAGUGUGUUUGGCGGGGGGGGGGGCGGUUAUUGAUUUGUUGUUGUUUUUAUUAUGUGUUUUGUGUUCUCGUUUUGUAUUUUUCUGUUGCAAACCACCCUGUGCUCUUUUGGUGAAAGUUAAUAAAUAAAUAGGUAAAUAGAAACCAUUCUCUCCUGAUAAUACCCUUCGUUAAACUAUGGAACUCACUGCUACAGGAUGGAUGGCUUUAAAAGAGGUUUAGACAGUUUCACAUAGGAAAGGGCUCUCAAUGGUUCCUAGCCAUCAUGACUGGGCUCUGCCUGCAAGGUCAGAGGCAGCGAUUCUUCUGAAUUCCCAUUUCUGGAAAGUGCAAGAUCCCAAAGGCAUCUAGUCGGCCAUUGUGAGAGCAGGAUGCUGACCUGGGUGGGCCAUUGGCCGGAUCCAGCAGGCUGUUCUUAGGGCCUUAAGUUCUUCGCAUCGCUGCUGUCCCUGGACUCUUCCUGUGGGCUGCUGCUUUGUUCAGCAGUUUCCUUGCAGACCUUCCUCCGUCUGGGACCUCUGUUGCUUCAUGUGGGCUCUGGGGAAGGAAGGUCUGGGGCUGGGCACCUGGCUGGGGGGGCGAGAGGAGCUUGCCGCUGCUGUGCAGCCUUGCCUUUCCCCUGUUUUUGCCUGCGACACACACACACACACACACACACACACAGGAGGGGGGUCCCUCCUUGCCAAGUCUUGCAGGUACAGCGGGUGCCCGCUCUAAUGAGGAGACAUAGCUCCGGCGGACUGCCACGCACCUGCUGGGCCGCCAUAUAAUAAAUCACAGCAGCAGCAGGGAGCUCGCGGGUUGGCAAAACAAAAUUCCAGCGUGAGGAUAGCAAAAGGUCACGUGUGGCAUGCAUUACUGCUGGCGCAGGGCCAGCAGGAAGCGGAGGGUGGGCUGGCAGGCUUGCGCCGGGGAGUGGGGGGUCCGCAGGGACAUGUUUUGCCCAGGAACAAAUGGCUCUUUCACUGCACAAAGGAUUUCUGCGGACUUUGCAAUCGGAGCUGCUCCUGGUGCUUCUCUUCCGGGUCUUGCGCGAUGCUUUGGUUGAGACCCUUGAAUUGUGGGGUGCUGGACUAGGGGACCCUAGGUAAAGGUAAAGUGACCCCAGACCAUUAGGUCCAGUCGUGGCCGACUCUGGGGUUGCUGCGCUCAUCUCGCUUUAUUGGCCAAGGGAGGCAGCGUACAGCUUCCGGGUCAUGUGGCCAGCAGGACUAAGCCGCUUCUGGCGAACCAGAGCAGCGCAUGGAAACGCCGUUUACCUUACCGCCGGAGCGGUACCUAUUGAUCUAUUUGCACUUUGAUGUGCUUUCGAACUGCUAGGUUGGCAGGAGCAGGGACCGAGCAACGGGAGCUCACCCCAUCGUGGGGAUUCGAACUGCCGACCGUCUGAUCGGCAAAUCCUAGGCUCUGUGGUUUAACCCACAGCGCCACCCGCGUCCCAGGGGACCCUAGGGGACCUUUCCAACUCUGUGAUUCUGUGAUUCCAGGACAUGGUCCGCCGGGGAGAGAUCAUUGAUGAUGACAUGGAGGAUGAGUUCUACCUCCGCCGCCUGGACGCCGGCCUCUUCGUCCUCCAGCUCAUCUGCUACAUCAUGGCGGAGAUCUGCAAUGCCAGCAUUCCCCAGGUGAGGGCAGCACGGCUGCCACAUUACCCCCACCCCCCACCCCCAGUGUUCAUGGUCUGGGGGCCCCCACUGGACUGUGUCUUUGCUUCUGUGCCUCCCUACCAGGGAGGACCCAGAACUCAGCACAUCUGCAUCAGGAGGUGCUUGGUGUACACAUUUUAUGUUGCAACCUCUUUUUUGAGUUUCCCCUUGGCUAGGGAUGAAGGCAGUAGCCCUAUAUGGCUUAGGACCCUCGUACCUACGGGACCACCUCUCCUGGUGUGUCCCACGGAGGACCUUACGGUCUUCAAACAAAAACAUCUUGGAGAUCCUGGGCCACAGGGAGGUUAGGCUGGCCUCAACCAGAGCCAGGGCUUUUUCGGCCGUGGCCCCGAUCUGCUGGAACGCUCUGUCACAAGAGACUAGGGCCCUGCGGGACUUGACAUCUUUCCGCAGGGCCUGCAAGACAGAGCUGUUCCACCAGGCCUUUGGCCAAGGCACAGCCUGACCCCCUCCUUUGGCAAUCCUCACAGAACUCUAGCCCAAUGGUUGCCUUUAAUUUGAUCCUGAAGUGAUUUUAGAAUGAAUUGGUUUUAGAAUGCUGUGUUACUUUUAUUGUUGUUAGCCGCUCUGAGGCCGGCUUUGGCUGGGGAGGGCGGGAUAUAAAUAAAUUAUUAUUAUUAUUAUUAUUAAUUAAGGUGGCAGCCUUUCUAGAAGGUGGGUGUCCCUGUUUCCCCUCCCCUCCUUGGGCUAACACACCUGGGUGGAGGGAGGGAGGGAUUCAGCAAGAUUUUCCUUUGCCCACAUGGGCUGCUUCCUGCCACAUGCAGAAUCAUGGAAUUGGAAGGCCUCCAAAGGGUCGUCUACUCCAACCCCCUGCAAUGCCCUGAUCCCAAGGCCAGAUAUGCAGGGCUGCUCAUUCCUGCUCGCACAGAUGAAGGCACUUUCCUUUCUGGCCAUUUUGGGGCCGUGUGAGUGUGCUGUGUCAAGACCCUGGCACAGUGCAACCAAGCUGCCUCCCUGGGAAAAAAAACCCAACUCUCCUGUGGGUUUUUUGUUCUCUGUUUCCAUUACAAUUACUGCAGAUUUCUCUCUCUCUCUCUCUCUCUCUCUCUCUCUCUUUUGCUCCCACCCUCUCUUGUUUUUCAUUCCCUGGCCAGAUUCGUCAGCGAGUCCAUCAGAUCCUGAACAUGAGGGGAAGCUCCAUCAAAAUAGUUCGGCACAUCAUCAAAGGUGAGUCCUUGAGCCCUGGAGUGGGGGAACGGCUUCCUCUGAGGUCCCACUCAGGCUCCUGUUUGGCCAGCAACCCCAUCAGAAAGCAGGGAGCCAGCCUCACAGCCUCAGGCACAUGGAGCCGGGCAAGAGACCGCCUCUCUGCCUAUUCAUCCAGCCGCCACGACCCCUUUGGGCAGACCCUGUCUUCCAGCCCCGUUGUGCCGCCUGCGAGAUUGCUGAAAGUAAGUGUUCGGUGCAAAGCCGUCGCCAGCAGCAAGGACUGGGCUGGCCUCUGUGGGCUUCUGCACAUAGCUGUCAACGUUUCCCUUUUUCCGAAUAGGAUUCCUCGCAAGAAAAGGGAAAAGUUGGCAGCUAUGCUUCUGCAGUGAAGAGGAGUGGUGGCAUUUAGGAGACCCCUAAAUUUAGAUGCAGGAUGCUUUGAUGGCAGGCCUGCUAGGCAAGGCUUGGGAGAGAACCAGUGUGGUGUAGUGGUUAGAAGGUCCGACUCUUAAUGCAAUAAAUAACUAAAAACAAAAUUAAUAAUAAUAAUAAUAAUAAUAAUAAUAAUAAUAAUAAUAAUAAUAAAUUUUAUUUAUAUCCCGCCCUCCCCAGCCGAAGCCGGGCUCAGGGCGGCUAACAACAAUCAAAUAAUCAAACAAUCAAAUAAUCAAACAUUCUAAAAACAUUUCAUUAUAAAAAUUAAUUAAAAUCAAAUUGAUGGCAACCGUUAAGCAAAUUCUGUGCAGGUUGCCGGAGGAGGGAGUCAGGCUGCGCCCUGACCAAAGGCCUGGUGGAACAACUCUGUCUUGCAGGCCCUGCGCAAAGAUGUCAGGUCCCGCAGGGCUCUAGUCUCUUGUGACAGAGCGUUCCACCAGAUUGGAGCUGCAGCCGAGAAAGCCCUGGCUCCUCUUCCACCACCUCUAGCCUCCCAGCCCUAGAUCUCCCACUGCAGGGUCCUGAGUCUCCCUGAGAAAUGCACAGUUCACCUUCUGACCUGAACCGGCACACGUGAGGUUACAACAGCACCCAGGUGGUCUGACCCACCUUAGGAGGGUCCGGGGCAAGUGGGGCUUCCUCAAGUCCCCCAUCAGGCUCCAGGUAGCCACCCCCUCCCCCUGUGUAGGCGGGGUAGAACUGGAUUCCUGCUUUUCUCCACCGGUGUGGGAUUCUGCUCACCUUGAGCCUCGCACAGCUGGAGUCGUAAGCCAUUCUUGCUGCAGGAAGAAGACAGGUUCUUUCUUGAGGGAGGGGGUUUCUCUGGGGCUUGGAGCCAGAUGGUGGUGGGGAGUGGCAGGAGCACCCAAGCAGCAGGAGAAGCCGCUCCCGUUCCUCCCCACCAGCGGAGGCUCAGCUAAUUCAGCAUCUUCUGCCUCCUUCCCUUUUUCUGCUUUGCAUGCAGGGCUCUGGUCCCCUUCUCUCUCCUGCUUUUUUGCAUGCUAAUUGGAAGCCUGUUUCUUAGUUUGAUUUUUAUGGCCUACAUAUUUUCCCUGUUUCUCUGGCAGCCUGACAGCUGAUGGGUCCCUGGGGAGGGCCAAGAAUUGCUUCGGAUGCAAAGGGAGAGAGAAAUUGGGCUCUCCAUUUAUUUUAAGUGGGGAUGGAGGCAAGCAGGGAGGGGCAACAGGCUCAUUAAGGCUCCUCUCUGAUGGCUGACCAGGCUGGGCUUUGGGGAGAGAUUUUGGAGGUGGGGGUGCAGCUGCCUUGGUGUGGGAACCGACAGCGUCUAGGAGAGACAGACCACCCUGGGUGCCCCACUGAGGCAGGGGACUUUGGGGUGUGAGAGAUCCAAUAACUGGUGAAGCAAGUGUUGGUGAUAGGUUUAGCUCCUUCUCCCUCUCUCUGAGUGCCAUGUAUGGGGUCAUGUUUCUUGGGAUUUGUUAAAGCUAUAUUGAUGGGAGUGGUGGCCACCAAGCUAGAUAACAUGAUCAUUGGCAUUAGCAUUCCUAUACCACUUUAUAUCAAAGCAGUCUACAACACAUUAAAACAAUCUACAAUGAAAAAUUGCUGAAUAAAGUACACAUUCAGAGCAGGAAUUAACAGGAAACUAAAAUGCUAUCUUAAAAUUUUCAAAAUAAAACAUUGCAAAACAGGUCAACUACAAAAUGCACAUUUGAGUCAGCAGAGUUAACAAAAAAAAAGUAGACAUUUUAAAAGAGUGAGAAAGAGAGAGCCAGAUGAAAUUGCCGUUCCCAUCUCUUUGACUGCUGUGAGAAGAGGAUGCUGGACUAGAUGGGCCCAGGGCUUGAUCCGGGAGGCUUUUCUCUUGUUCUCAUAUAUUGACCUCUGCUUAUUUGCUUGACCUCUGCUUACUUGCUUGAGCUUGAAUGCAUUAAAUUGUUCCUUGCCUGUAGAUACUUCCUGCCUCUUCUGUGUCUCGUUCACUCCCUGGGACACAUAGUCAUUUGAACAGUGCAGAUUAAUCAGUUUGGCUGUGUGUGGAUCCUGCCCUAAGAUCAAAGUGUGGGAGCAGAUUUCCUUUUGGGUGCCUUGGUGUGGGCUCACUUCCCAGGGGGAAGGGGAACAUGGGAGAGGCACAUCCCACCAGACAGAGCAAUGAGUAGCCCUCCCAUUUCCACCUCCACCUUAACUUCCCUAGGCAUCAGAAGCCCCCAGGCCUUCCCACCUUCUCCAGAAGAAUGCUUGACUUGCUGCUGCUGCUGCUGCUGCUGCUGCUACAGAAUUUGCCACCCCAAAAGAGUGGCCUCCUGGCGGUUGGUUGAGAAGAGUGUUGGCUCGCUUGUCUGCUUCUUCCAGUUUAGCCUCCUUAGGUGGCUAAUGGCAUCUCGGCAGCCCAGCGCUGAAGAUGCAGGGGAGAGCGGUGACCUUGAGGUGCCUUCGCAAGUGAUGUGGAGAAGCCAUUUCUCUCCCUAAUGGAGCCUCAUUGUGCUCAGGACUCGUGGAUAUGGUUCAUGGGGCGUGUAAGGCCAGAAUCGGCUCUCCAGGAGUUGAGUGAUGGGCCUGCAGUUUGACACAUCUUGCCAGGUGUGCUCUCGGUCGCCAAUGCCUUUGUUUGGCACAGAGCAGCACUGUGUGGAGGCUUUUCUUCGGCCGAACGGGAAGGGGGAUGAGACUCACACCUUAGGAAAUGGUGGCUGUAGCAUUUCUUCUGAGCGUGAUAGGAGAGCCUCCUGUCUGAGGUCCAAGCAGAGUAAGAGAAAUUCCAGAAUCGGCUCGUGCAAAAAUAACAUCUCUUGUACCGGUUGUGUGCAAAAUGCUUUGAAAUUCUUACUUAUCCAUGCAGCAGCCCUGUGUGGUAGGAGAAGGCAGACAGAGAGGGAGAAAGAAUUGCAAAGGAGCAGACUUCUUCUGACCAAGCCCCUGCCCCACUUCCCAUUGGCAUCAGCAUGAAAAAAAUACACAAUUCCAAACAUAACCAAAAGCGGAAACAAUAAAUAAAACAUCAAAAAGUAUGCAACCAAACUGAACAAUUUCCACAUAUAGUGUAAUAAAAUCUAAAGAUGCAACAAAUUAAUACUGAUAGCAGCAGCAGCAACCUGAAACAAAAAACCCCAAACAAGACCCCUUCGGAAGAGUCUGUUCGGCAGCUUCAUCUUCUGCAGCUGGAGUCAGUCCCGGUCCCCCUUCUCCUGCCAGAUGGAAAAGGCCUGCAAGGCAGGGAGCAGGUCUCCCAGGACUCCCAGCCAAGAACGGCCUUUCCCGGGCUGCUGUCUUGCUGACCUUUUGGACUCCAGCUCUACUGGCUGGGGCUGACGGGAGUGGUAGUUCAAAACAUCUGCAGGGCGUCAAGCUGGGGGAGGCUGUGGUGGAACAAGACCAGAGAUGUUUGAAGAAGCAGGGAUGAGCAAGCCUAGAUUGCGGGGCUGGUUUGUAGAAUCGAUACACCACUUAAUAGCGUGCUUGCGGUUCUUGCCCCAUUUGUGCUUCCAGUGCCUCAGUUAUUGGGGGAGCGAGUUAAAGGUAAAGGGACCCCUGACCAUUAGGUCCAGUCGCGGCUGACUCGGGUUGCGGCGCUCAUCUCGCUUUACUGGCCGAGGGAGCCGGUGUACAGCUUCCGGGUCAUGUGGCCAGCAGGACUAAGCCGCUUCUGGAGAACCAGAGCAGUGCACGGAAACGCCGUUUACCUUCCCGCCGGAGCGGUACCUAUUUAUCUACUUGCACUUUGACGUGCUUUCGAACUGCUAGGUUGGCAGGAGCAGGGACCGAGCAACAGGAGCUCACCCCAUCGCGGGGAUUCGAACCACCGUGGUUUAACCCACAGCGCCACCCUUUUGGGGGAGCGAGAGAGAUGUGCAAAUGGUCCAGGGAUGUAAGCCCAGCUUUGAGGCCAUUGCUCUGCCCCCCUCCAGCCUGCAAAUGUUGCAAGGGCUGCUGGGCAGGCAGGUCUCCCCCUCUUUCACAUAAGCCCAGAGGGGGCAGCUGCUGCUUGUUGCUGUGACUUCUCCCGCUCAAUUCCCCUCCUCCCCGCAGCCUCUGGAAGUGAGGAGCAGAGCCUGCCCUGCCUGUUGGAGCAAGUCGAGCCAUGGAGGGCACAGCCCCCAUUGCAGCAGCUGCUGCCAGGCUUGAGCUUCAUGCAUAUUCAAGGCUCUCCUCCCAGGAGCCCUGGCAGAGGCGGCGGCAGAGCAGCGUUGUUUGUGUGUGCUGCUUGAGGUGAGGGGGGAGCAGCGUCCCCAUGCAUUAGGGGGCUCACAGACCCCCCCCUUCCUGUAGCAGGGUCCGCAUCUCCUGUAUUAACGGGAGCCCUUUGCUCUGCAAGCUCUUGUUUUAGAGACUGGGUGGCACCCUGCAUAGGAACGGAGAAAGCUGCUCCUUUCCCCUCUGAGGUACCUCUGGAAUUACUGGGAGAAUUGCGGGUUUUCCACAGGUAUCUGGGUGGCCGCUGUGAGAACAGGAUGCUGGACUAGAUGGGCCACUGGCCUGAUCCAGCAGAAUCUGCUUGAGUUCUUAUGUGGUCACAGGAUGGGCCGGUUUGCCAUGCCCUGCUCAGCUCCUGGCUCUGGGCCCGGCUGCCCCCUCUGCUUCCUCUCAGCUGCCCUCCUUCCCAUAAUCAAUAUUCCCACCCCACCCCUAUGACUAGCCCCCAAACAUGGCACCAAGUAUAUCUGCUGGUAUCAGGCAUUGCUUAAUAGGGCCCCUUACCUCCUAAUUGAAGCUCCGAAGACAAGGCUUCUCCCUUUCUGUUCCCAUCUUACCUGGAUUUCAGUUUUGUUUGGGGGGGGGGUUGCCCCAGAUGUGGAGCUACAGCCACUUCUUCUUCUUCUGAGAGCCAUCUCUUGUCUUCCUGCAGAGUAUGCGGAGAACAUCGGGGACGGGAAGAACCCCGAAUUCCGGGAGAGCGAGCAGAAGCGGAUUGUGGAGCUGCUGGAGAAUUUCUGA